GUCGAGGGGGCGGGGCCGGAGGCUGUUCGCAGCAACACCCGAGCGGCGGAAGCACGUUGACCCUUGAGCCUGUCGGUUGCCAAGGUUUCCUGUGGCGGGGGGGGAAGAGGGGGGGCGCUGGCGGCUUCGGGGGGGGGGGUCUCUGCCUGCGCUCCUCACCUCGUGCCACCAAGAGGCGACGCCGCCGCCGCCGCCGGCCGCCACCACCACCAUGGCUUCGGCCUGGGCGGGGUUGACUGAGCGCGAGCGGGACGGCUGCCGGGAGCUCCUGGAUCUUCUCCACACGGACGACCUGCUGUCGCUGACGGACACGGUGACUAACCGCCUCGUGCGGCCGGACGACCGCCAAGGUAUUGGGGCGGGGGGGGGGGAGUACGCGGAAGGGGUCUGCGGACUUCAAGAGGGGUGGGGGGGAGUAGAAGUGGAGCCUUGUGGGUCUCACUCCGGAGCGGACUCUCAUCUUCUAGCUUAGUCAAUGCAGAGACUGGGGCCAGAAAUGGGCGAAAGCGGGGCGGAGACCUUGAGUCCCUGUCAGGGGGAAAAGGCGAGGUUUCAGUAAACAAACAAUAACAAUAAUCGCUUUUUCGAACAUAAGCGCCUGUAGAGAGCCUCGAGGGGAAAUGUUCGAACCGAAUGGAAAAACAAUAAUACUGCAUAUUUUUGGUAUUUGUAAGAGACCGGGGGGGGGGGGAGAGGAUGGGGACAAUAAUGAACGAUCGGGUUAGUAUUUUGGAGUUUGUUUUUAAGCUACUUCAUUUCUCUCCACACACACAUCGUCCUAACUUUGUUUUUUAAAAAACACACCGUCAGCGAUUUGAAAACAAGUGCAGAUAUUUGUAUGCUGUUUUGUGACAGUAGGUCUUCGGGUUGUAGGAACGAAACUGAUAAUCUGCUCCAAGUGUGACUUAACUCUUUGGCUCAUAGAACUGCAGAGAAAACAGCAGGCAGAGUUCGCUUAGCAAGUCUUUGGACUUCAGGAGCUGUGUUGUCGUUGUGCACUGUUUUAAGGGGGCACAGUUGCAAAAGAAUGUAUUUGGAAGGGGGGGGUCCUUAAACUUCAUUAACUGAAAUCCGUAAUCUUUUUUAAUCCUUAACAAAUCCAUCUGAAGAUUCUAGCUGACAGGAACAGCCUGCUCUCUUGGCCCAGAGUUUGUCACCCGUCCGGCUUCCAGAUCUGAUUGAAGAGGUUUAUAUUUGUAAGCCAUUCCAGGAGCCUUUUUCACUAACAUUUAGUGGGUGUUAGAAAUAAAUUUGUUUGGCCAGAAAAUAUGUCCAGACAAAAAUGCAUGCUGUCAUGUUAGCUAUAAUUUUUUGUUUUGUUUUGUAAAAUAGGGAUUUUUAUGAUCUUCUGACAGCGUAUGUUUGUUAAAGACUAUUUGCCAGUUAAAUAUGAUACUGGCAUAUUAAAUUCAUGUGUCUUUGAUGAGACCAAAAUAAAGAAGUACUUUAUAUUGCUAAUAUGCCUUUAAAAAUAGCUUGCAGUUUGGGUCUUUUACUAUUAUUUUAACUGUGUCCAGAUAUAAGGGAGCCAUUAUGAGAAAAUCGCUUUGUGUUGUUUCCUAUUGUUACUUGGCUGGUGAUUUCAUACAGCUGCAUGAGUAGUAGUGUCAUAUGAUAAAAAGUAAUGCUUAUUUGUAGGUAGAUAGAAGUUGAAGUAUGUGGUUACUUUGUGGAGUUAGUAGUGGUCAUGGCUUCUGCAGCCCCACAGGUGGGACACUGAAAAAAAUUAGGGGAGCUUCUAAAAGUUUUCGAAGCCUGUUCUUGCCAUUGAGAAGGAGGCAUUAGUGACUCAGUGUCGUGAGUCAAGAGGCAGCUUCCAUUCUGCUUGGUUGUCUUCUGACCACCAGGACAGUGGCAGCUCUGCCUCUCCAAUCCUCAAGUGGUAUUGAACACUAGUCCUACUCAUAGUAGAUCCAUUGAAGUCAAUGGACAUUAAUUUCAGUGGGUCAACUCUGAGUAAGAAUUGGUAGGAUACAGCCCAUUGUUUGCAACUAAAAGAAAGUGUGUUCAACUGAUCUGCCCUUGCCUCUUCCGUCCCUGUCUGAAUUUAGUUUGUACGUAUGUGGAUUCUUGGCAUAGGGGCUUCUUUGUGUUGCUGCCUAUUGUUACAUAACCAAUAUUUUCAUACAGCUGCACAUCUACCACAUAACACAAAUGCCCCAACUAAUACCAUACCAUGUACAUGUGCAGUCACAGUACUAUAAAAAGGAAUUGCAGCUGUGUGUACAUACAUAAUUUAAAAUACAGUGAUCUAGUGAUGAUUUUUUUACCUGGUGAAGAAAUGGUUCUAAGACUCACUCUUACCAGGGAGCAUUUAAAACCUCUGUAAUUCUUAGUGUUGUAUCCAGUGGACUUCUGCUUAUGUAACAGAACUUAAUUUUUUAAAGCUUCCUGAAUGUUCUUUUAAAUUGCUCUGGAGGGUUGGGCCUUCUGAAGACCAAUUUUGAGGGCAGUUGCUGGACUAUGGUAGAAUCAUAGAAUCAUAGAAUUAUAGAGUUGGAAGAGACCACAAGGGCCAUCGAGUCCAACCCCCUGCCAAGCAGGAAACACCAUCAGAGCACUCCUGACAUAUGGUUGUCAAGCCUCUGCUUAAAGACCUCCAAAGAAGGAGACUCCACCACACUCCUUGGCAGCAAAUUCCACUGUCAAACAGCUCUUACUGUCAGGAAGUUCUUCCUAAUGUUUAGGUGGAAUCUUCUUUCUUGUAGUUUGGAUCCAUUGCUCCGUGUCCGCUUCUCUGGAGCAGCAGAAAACAACCUUUCUCCCUCCUCUAUGUGACAUCCUUUUAUAUAUUUGAACAUGGCUAUCAUAUCACCCCUUAACCUCCUCUUCUCCAAGCUAAACAUGCCCAGCUCCCUUAGGCGUUCCUCAUAAGGCAUCGUUUCCAGGCCUUUGACCAUUUUGGUUGCCCUCCUCUGGACACGUUCCAGUUUGUCAGUGUCCUUCUUGAACUGUGGUGCCCAGAACUGGACUCAGUACUCCAGGUGAGGUCUGACCAGAGCAGAAUACAGUGGCACUAUUAUUUCCCUUGAUCUAGAUGCUAUACUCCUAUUGAUGCAGCCCAGGAUUGCAUUGGCUUUUUUAGCUGCUGCGUCACACUGUUGGCUCAUGUCAAGUUUGUGGUCAACCAAGACUCCUAGAUCCUUUUCACAUGUACUGCUCUCAAGCCAGGGAAGCAGAAGAAAGGGAAGCAGAAGAAAGUGAAGUCCCAUUGUGUGAACAGAAGCCAGCUUCCACAACAUUGGGUUCUUUGCUUACUCAGCAGUGAUCAAAUAAAUGUGAUUGCAGCAAUAAUUUAUAAUAAAGAACUGAGCCUACAGAAAGAUGAUACCAAUGAAGGUGUUCAAUUUAAGUUUAGCACUUUGUUCUGCCUAUAAACUAGAAUGCUUGUAGAACACUAGAAUCCUAUGUUGUGUUUUAAUUGUGAGAUGUGUUAUGUUUUUGGGAAAAAAGAAAUCCUACACGAACUUGUCAGUAUUCUACUAUUCUGAGCAUCUGACUAGAUUGUCCAACUUUCAUCUCUUCCCAUCUUCCAUCAGUACCUAGGGGAAAGGCUACUCUGCUUUGGAACACAGUGAAGUAAAGUUAUAGCUCCAAGUGGGAGGUGGGAAUUAAAAUAAAAACAUUUAUGUGCUUAUCUGAGAAGGUAUUUGGGGAGUACAUAGCCGGCUUUUUAGUACUUAUAGCCUUUGGAAGGUGCUCUGAUUCAGUUUAAAAUUUAGGAAGCCAAACUAAAGAAAGUUAUAAGACUUUAAAUAAAUUAAAUAUUUGAAGUGUAAAUGGUAGAGGUUUGCUGUGAGCACAAGUUGCACCUUAAAUUUGUAGCAUUUGGAAGCAACUCAAAACUGUUUUGGAUCCACUCAUUUCCUUCUCUAGUUUUUUGGUGAUCCAAUGACUUUGGGAGAAGGAGAGCUUUCCUGCUAGGUGAUUUAUUUUAUCUUUGUUAUACUGGCAAAGGCAUUUUUUCUGACCCCUCCACCACCUCCUUCCUAGAAGUACACUCUGUGAAAUAAGAGACAACACUAUGAUUUUUUAUUGUUAGGAAAAGAAUGGUUGGGAAAUAAGUCUAACUCCAUCGCUUAUGCCCUGCUUUCACAUCCAGAAUGAUGACCUAAGUAAAGAAAACCAUUCCUCUCUCAAAUCACUGUGACUGGAGUACACCAGGGGUGUCCAAACUUUUUUCAAAGUGGGCGAGAUUUGAUGAAGUGAACAUGCAUGAGGGCCAACCAAAGCUUUUUUUACAAGUUUACCCUACAAUGGUUGAACUUUGUUUAGGAUUGAAAUUGAUGAGUUUUUAAAAAAAGAUUUUACCCCAGAACAUAUACUGCCAUGGGGGCUGGAUUAAAUCGACUGGCGGGCUGGAUUAGGCCCCCGAAAUGGACUUUGGACAUGCCUGGAGCACACUGAGAAAAUUAUCUACUGUGAUUAAAUGCUAGUCCUGUCAGUCAAAAUGAAAUAUUAUUCCACCUCCCCUCCCCUCUCCUUUGCGCAUACACACCCUUUUAAAUUCUGGGCAUUUCCCCACUCAGCUUGGAUUUGUAUCUCAAAAGAAAAGUGAGGGAUGUGUGUUUAAUUUUAUGGAAAAACACAGGCAACACUUACAAGUUUGGUGAUUCCCUGUUUGCCCUUGAUACACUUUGUUAAGCAGGCAGUCCAAGUUGGAAACAUCAAAGUCUUCCUGAAUCACCCCAAUAUGCAUCAUUAUUUGAGGUAUACAGAGAGCUGAUGCAUAUUCCUAGUAAAUAUGGGGGGAAAUAACAUGUUGCAUAUAUUGAUCCUUGUAGUUGAACAUAUUUAGGCAGACUUAAUUACAAUAAGGAUUAUUCUGUUUUGAUUGGUGAAUAAUUCUUGAUUGAAACAUGCAUUUCCAAUGGAUCUCUUAGUGGCUGUCAAUGGCAAGCUGAAGGGUUGUCGCUAUGUAGCAGAGCAGCUGCUUUGCAUGCAGAAGAUCCCAGGUUCAGGCCCCAGCGUCUCCAGGUGGGAUAGGGAAAGACCCAGUCUGAAACCCUGGAGAGCUGCUGCUAGUCAGUGUAAAUAAUACUGAGCAAGAUGGAGGAAUGAUCUGACCCAAUAUAAGGCAACUAGCUUCCUAUGGCACAUGGAACUUGUUUUCUUGCCAACCAACAUGUGACUUAAUUACAUUGGACCAUGAACCUGCGUGGAAAAAUAUGUUUUAAAUAGCAGUUGCCACUGAAGACAGGCUCAACAAUAUUUAGGCCUCUGUCUUCAGCAAGAACCUUGCUGCCUUUUACCCAUCAGAGUAAAGUUUCUUUGGCUUGGGAGAAGGGUAUGAGGGAAGGAACACCAGUGGCAAAAUUUGGCGUUUUUGAGAGACAUAAUAGCUCAAAAGGACCUUUUAACGGUUCUCAAGUGAUUAAGACCAACACUCAAGUUCCAGCUUUCUUUUGCAGAAUGAUAAUUGGAUUCAAGGAACACGCCUGUUUCUGAUUUUAUUUUCAGAAGCCAUAAAUGCCAUCGUAUUGUACAGUCAAAGUGCUGAAGAGCUGCUGAAGAGAAAGAAGGUAUUUCGAGAGGUAAUCUUCAAGUAUUUGGCAGCAAAAGGUGUCGUAGUGCCACCUUCUUCUGAAAAACACCAACUUGUUGAUCGUGCAAAGGAGUACUGGUGUGAACAGCUAAAAGAUAAUGGCUCAGAAGAAAUCUAUACUGAGCCUGAUGUACAGGUGAGGUUUAUUGUACAUGUUUUAUAAAUUCAAAGCAUUCUUUUUGGAAAUUAGUUGCUUGUUCAUGCUUUAAUAAGUUGUUCACAUUUGUCUUCUAUGGAGGAGCAGGGGGCAUAUUCUUUCUGUUAGAAGUGUAUCAUGUGACAGCGUUUUUGUGCAACAUAAGCAUCGGACCUUCCUGUCUGUUCCUCACAUGCUUUGAAGAUAGUAGAAUAACAGGUGUCUAAAUGAGAGAGGGUUCUGUGAGUGAUUCCUACAGAAAGCAGGCCGAUUUUGGAAGCCAUAUUCAGCACAACUGUUCUUUAGAGCAGAGAUGGGGAACCUCUGACCAUCUAGAUGUUUGAGUCAAACCCCUUUCAUUCUCUGCAAGCUCCUACACAUUUUUGAGGUGAGGCAACCAGAACCAUAAACAGUAUUCCAAAUGCACUCAUGCCAUAGAUUUGCAUCAUGGCAUUAUUAUAUCAGCAGUUUUAUUUUCAGUUCCUUCCUAAUGAUCCUUAGCAUGGAAUUUGAUAAGAAUUUACCUUUCUCACAGCUGCCGCACACUGGAUCAGCAUCUUCAUUGAACUACCCAGAACUACUCCCAGGUUUUGUUCCAGGGUAGUCACUGCCAGUUCAGGCCCCAUGAGUGUAUAUGUGAAAUUAAGAUGCAUCCGUUUUCACUUGUUUAUAUUGAUUUGCAUUUGCCAUUUUCCUGCUCAUUCACUCAGUUUGGAGAGUACUAUGUGUACAUCUGAUUUCCCCCUACUUCUUUUGCUGACUUGAACAUGGGGGAGGAGAGGAAGUAGAAGUCCUAUUGUGUGAAAUCCACUUCAGCAUUUCAUAGAACCCAUGACUAAUGAAUGGUUCCUGUUUCCACAAAACAGAAAUCUACAGAGGUUUUUUUCUGCCUAAUAAAGUGGAUCCAAGUAAGCUGUCUAUUCCACACAUCUUUAGACAGCCCCUUCAUUUGGUAUGCAUAGUUCUGAACAUUUUCAAAGCAGAAAUUAUGGCUGCAUUAAUUGUUGCAUUCCAUGUUAGUUGUAGUCGUAGGGUCCAUUUCAACUUUGCUGAACAGUACCAUGUGGAAAGGAAUAAGUACAUUUUGUUACUGCUUAAAAGUAAAAGUCCCUACUUUGUUUUUCAGAAACCUGAAGAGGGAGGGAAGGAAGGAGGAGACAAGCAAGAUCACAGCAAAGAUUGCCACAGUCUGGGAGAGGAGUUUUGCCAGUGGUUCUUUGGAAUUCUGAACUCUCAGAACCCGUUGGUUGGAGAACCACAUGAUGAAUGGGGACCACAACAUUUUUGGGAUGAUGUAAUCCUAAAGUUUUGCUAUAACACUUCAGAACAAAACAUGGAAGAGUACUUGGGUGCAGAAUUGGUUAGCCUUCGUUUACUGUCAUUGGUGAAAGAAGAAUACCUCUUCCUGAACCCGAACUUGGACGCUGGUGGGCUGAAGUGGACAGUUUCACGACAUGGCUUAGUUGUGGUGGCAGUAGCAGGCACAGUUCAUAGAAAUACUUCUUGCUUGGGCAUCUUUGAACAAAUCUUUGGACUCAUCCGAUGCCCCUUUAGGGAGAAUACGUGGAAAAUCAAGUUUGUGAACCUAAAGAUUGUUGGUCAGAAUGCCAUGGAACCUGGGACCCGCUUAGAAAGACCUUGCAUAAAAUAUGAGCAGGAAGAACUCCAGGAAUUCUAUGUUUCCAAUGAUCUUUCCUUGGUUGAGUCUCAAAAAUCCUGAGCAUUCUGUGUGCAGAAUGAAGUAGAACAGUUUGUGGGCCCAGAAAAUACAACACAUGAGCAUACUUGAGCAUUCAAGUAAGUUGUUUGCUUCUAUUUCUUGAGUUAGACUUUCUGGUUGGAUGACAAGCCAAAGUACCGCCUAAACAACUAGUGCUAAUUGGGUUGACACCUAGUGCUGGUUGGGCUGACUCAGGUUCCCUAAAGUUACAGUCUGGCACCCUGAAGAGAAAGGAGGAAUGGUGAGCAGAUGCUUACCUUCUCUCCCUUCUGCUACUGUUCUCUCUCCUGCCCUUGCUUUCCCCCACUGUGAGACACGGGGAAGCAAGCAGAAAGAAGCAAGCACAAAUGAGAAGGCUGCAAAACGGGGAAAGACGCAUCAUCAUCAUCUUGUCUACCUGUGGCUUCGUCACCUUCUCCUUGGGGUAGCAGUGGGGGGGGGGUAAGGGAUAUGUGUGGAUCAAGACCACCAUAUUGCCAAAGAUUACUUAACAGUCACUGGAUCUGUGAAGGUGUCUUCUCUUAGAGUAGUUCUUUCACAUUAAAGAAGCCCUAACAAUGAUGGAGCCAACAUUAGUGUGCUACUGUUAGUUGGAAAAUUACAUUUCUCUUGGGUUCUUUUUGUAAUUUGCACUUGUCAUUUAAUAUUUUUUGUGUAAAAGAAACAAUGUAAGAAUUAAAGCUGCUGUUGAUCUCAAUGCAAUUACUAUUUACUAGGUAUAUAAAAAAAGGUUAAUUAAAGAAAUGUUUAUAAGAAUUUCAUGAAUCUCAGGGUUGUAUAGUGCAAUGUAUUUAAUUUUUUAAUUUGCAGACAUUUAUGACUUGAUUAAGCUAGACACAAUUUAGAAGCUGUAUAGUACAACUAUGCUUAGUCUUACAUCUAAAAUUAUAGCUACAGUGUUUAAGAAAUUUCCAUUGAUAAGCCUUAAAAACAGACUAAUUUCACUUUUCUAUAAUUGUGAAAUAUUUUAAAUCUAUCCCACUACACAGUUCAUUGUGUCUGAUUCUUUGUAUGGCAUUAUAGAUACUAAGGAUGAGCAGCUAUAAAAUUCAGAAAAUGUGGUUCUGAUUUGGGUCAAUUAUAUCAAACUACUUUUGAUACAAUUAUAUCAAACUACUUACUGUCUGACAGUAAGAGCUGUUUGACAGUGGAAUUUGCUGCCAAGGAGUGUGGUGGAGUCUCCUUCUUUGGAGGUCUUUAAGCAGAGGCUUGACAACCAUAUGUCAGGAGUGCUCUGAUGGUGUUUCCUGCUUGGCAGGGGGUUGGACUCGAUGGCCCUUGUGGUCUCUUCCAACUCUAUGAUUCUAUGAUUCUAUGAUUCUACUUUUUAUUUAUUUAUUUUAAUCCAGUACAGGCUCCAGUUCUGAAACUUAACUGGAUGAUAUCCAACAUUAGCCAUAUGUAGAACAGACCCAUUUAAAUCAGUGGACUUAAGUGGUUCUGCUCUGAGUGUGUCUGAGAUUAGUUGAAAUUUUUACGGAAAAUUAUUGGGGGUUACAAUUCUGAGUUUCAAGUUUGCAAUGCACCUUUAAUACUUGUAUUCUUGUUAAAAUGAACUAUUUUUAUAUAAAAACGAGUGAAUGGCAGCAUUUGAAAAUCCUAAAGUUCUUGAAAUCUUCAAGACUAUUUUUGAAAUUACACAUCAAAGACUUUUUUGUAUUACUUUGCCUUUGGCAAAAAGGUGGAGGAGCUCCUUUCCAAGCAAAACAAACAACCAAAAAACCUGACAGCUAUCCUGGAAACAGAAUGCCACCUGUAUGUACAACUAUAAAAAACAAGAUGCUUGCUAAAAAGGACAGACGUUUCAUUUUGUGAAAAUGUUUUGUAAGGUCAUUCAAUAUGCAGUCUUGUCUUGAUAUCAGUACAAUGCAGUCAGCUUCCAUUAAUGUUUCACUGUAGGUGUGGGGAACUUUUGUCCCUCCAGAUGCUGCUGAAGUGCUACUCCAGUCAGCCCUAGCCAGAAUGCCCAUUGGCCAAGGAUGUUGGGAGCUAUAAUUCAGCAACACCUGAAGAAUCAAAGGUUGCCCACACCUGUUCUAUGGGCUGUUGCUUCUUCUUUGCCUUUAACAACAGGUCGUGUUAGCAGGUAGUCACAUUGGCCGCCAUGUUUUCCAGUCACCCUUGCUGCUACUGAUCCAGGUUUAAGUUUAUUGUAUUGAUUUACAAAGCCCAGAAUAACUUGGGUCCAGGAUAUAUCUCGGGGAUUGCCUUAACCCUUUAUAAUCCAGCUUGAUCACUAAGAUCAUCUGCACGAGCAUCUUUGGUCAUUUCCUGAGUUGGUGAGGCUCAUUUGAUAUCAACAAGAAACCAAGCCUUCAGGGCCAUCGGCCCAGGCCUAUGCAACAUCCUGCCAAUAGAGAUUCAGCCGGGCAUGUUCUGUGCCAACUUUUAAACACAUGCUGAAAACUUUUGGGACAGACCUAUGCAAACAAUUAAGAGUGCAUUCACCACAAUCGUCUAUUGAUGUUUAUUUUUAAUUUAUUUUUGCUUUUGUUUUUAACUUGUAAAGUGAUAAGCUUUACUUUUUUAUACUGUUAAAAACUGCUGUAAUAUAUUUUUAAUGAUACAGCAGUAUAUAAAUAUUUGUAUAAAUAAACAAUAAAUAAAGUGAAAACAAAGAACCACACGGCUAUAAUCGCCAAUAUACCUACAAGCUUUUCUCAGCUGACACUAGAAAUUUCUGCAGAAUUUUGAAAUUCCUGUUUUGCCAGCAAGGCACAUAAGACACCCUCCAGUUGGUGCAAAGAGUUGCAGACCAGCCGGUAUAGAGUGAAAUCCAGUGCAUAAUUCACCUACAGAACAGAAAGCAAAAUCCUUGUGAGAGGUGAGGGCCGAUUGUAUAUAACUUUGCUGUACUGCAUGCUCAAGACAUCAUGAGUUUAGUGCCAUCUGGAAGUGUGUGUGUGUGUUGGAUUUGAACAUCUCUCCUUUUUGUUAUUUAAAGAGAUUUCUUUUUUCAUUGACACGGGGGUGGGCAACCAUUGUACCAUGGUUAAAAUUUGGUAGAGGUGGCCAGGUCCGGAUAAAAAUGGCUAGAGGUUGGAUCUAGCCCAUGGGCUAUAUGCUGGGGAUUGCUGGAUUAAGCAGAAUUUCACCACUGCACACUUCCUUGAUGCCUCAUCAGUAACGCAAAGGCUGGAUAUUUCCUUUGGCUGAAUUACCUCUAUCAGAUAGAGCAGUUGGAGACGAUCAACCUGCCAUUGAUAAAGAUCUGAACCCGUCCUUGCUUUUUUCAAGAUCUGCUCCUCUCUCAAGCUGGUCAAUAAUGUCAAGCUGUGAUUUAUUUUUUUAAGGGAGAAAAUAAAACCUGUAUUGUUGCUGGGGUCAUGCAGGAAAAUGUUAUCCAUGACAGCUGUCAGGAAGAGAGAGAGAGAGUUGGCUGGCUGGCAACAGAAUUUCAACUGACUUGUUAACAAACACAUUUCUGAGAGUCAGGAUCCCUGUAGGCUUAGGAGCUCAGGAAGGAAUAUAGAGCACUGUUCUGGCAAAAGAAUACCUCUCUCUUCACCUGACUGCAAAUCUUAACAAUCAUGUUGAGAGUGAGAUUGAAAGAGGAAUUGCUUGCUUUCAGCACCUGUCUCUCUGCCUUUACAUCAUCUCCAAGUAAGUUAUUUAUUUUGCUGCUUAAAGAAUGAUGCAAUAAUCGUAACAAAUCAAUUUCAUUAAGGUAGCAGGAAAUAUUUCCUGAAGAGUAAUUCAAUUUCGUCUACCGCCAGACUUGGAACAGGUUCACACAUACACAUACAUCCCUUGAUCAUCAGAUUACUUGACGUUUGGCCAAAUGUGUGAAUUACCUCUGCUGAAAAGUGUUUAUCCAUCACCACCAUGUUAAUAAGUGAUUGCUCAUUAAGUACAUCAGAAGCAGGGAACCCAACGGGAAGAUGGCUGGAAUGUCAGUUGCUACCAAAGGAGUGACAGAACUUCUAAAGGUCGGUUGCACAGAAGCAGCAUACAUUUCUUUGUAUGUGUCUCCAUUGUAGAAAGUGCAGCAGGGAGAAUUGGUUGGGAUGGCUACAUCCAAAAAUGUCUUAGUCCCCCCACCCCCGAAAGUAGAUAGUGAGCACCUGUAGUAUCUCAACAGGAGCACUGUUUCACAGACUUGGGGCUGCUGUACUGAAAAGUCUGCUCCGAAUCAUUUUUCUAAACAUUGUGACUUGAGACACUCGUCUUAACUGAUAAAAAGUAGUGUGUGCCAUAGAUGUCAGUUUGGCUUCAAGUUAUAGCAAAGAUCCAUGAGCCCCUCCAUACUGCAAACCUGAUACUUUAGGGCAGUGUUUUUCAACCUUUUUUGGGCAAAGGCACAGUUGUUUCAUGAAAAAAAUCACGAGGCACACCACCAUUAGAAAAUGUUAAAAAAAUUAACUCUGUGCCUAUAUUGACUAUAUAUAAAGUAAUUCUCUUGAAUAGGAAUCAAAUAAACACAAAGUAUUUUAUAAUUACUUUAUUAUGAAAUAGUAAGUAAACAGAAAUAUGAAAAAUUAUAAAAUACUUUAUUCAGUGCGCAACCUGGGCCUGUUUGGCUGAACACAAAGCUGAUAUUCUGGCUGGAAUCGAAGAAAGACACACACGUAGCUCUUCGUCAACAGCUCUCAGUCUCUCUCUGUAUUUAGUUUUUAUAGCAAUCAUGCUUGAAAAGCUCAUCUCACACAGAUAUGUAGUGGAAAAUGGGAGCAAUGUCAAAAUAGCUUUGUUUGCCAGAAGGGGGAACUCCUUGGCAGUAUCCAACCAAAAACUGUCCAAAGGUAGAUCAGCAAAUCUUAGCUUGAAACCACGAUUUUGUCUCAGUUCAGUUAGUUCCUCCUGCUCCUGUAAAGUCAUGUUCUUUCCACCAAAUGAUGCUGAGCUAUAAGGGUCCCUAACCCAGUCAAGGCAUUCAGUGGAGACUGAAGAGAAAUAAAAUGACAACUUCUCCGGUCCUCCUGGUGACUCGAGUCGCGACGUCUUCUCUCCGCUGCUGUGCACACUGUGCUCGGGCGGGAAGGAAGUCAGAAGAUGAUGUCCUACUGUGAUAGGUCCAGGCUGGAGUCUGGACUAAUCACAGCCUGGACAUCAGAAAAGUGGAGGGUGUGCCCCUGAGGAGCGCCAAUUGGCGCCCCUGCUGGCCGAGGGUGGGGUCAAAAACCCCACCCCCCCAUACCCAGGACACAGUCCGGCGCCCGCCUAGUGGGCAAAAAUUAUUUUUUUAAAAAAAUCUUUCUCAUUUUUCAAUUUUUCCCACGGCACACCAGGCAACAUCUCGCAGCACACUAGUGUGCCGCGGAACAGUGGUUGAAAAACACUGCUUUAGGGGCAAUCUUUUUUCUGUUGAGGGGCCACAUGCUUGUGGUAGAUGGAGCCAGAGCCGUGAACAAAGGGGUUAUUGCAAGUUUGGUGAGGGUUUAGGCUGCAUGAUGCCUGAGCUCCUAAUUCCUGGAUACAGCAAGGGCUAACAUCUAAUGGGGAAUCCCACUGUUGAAUUAACCAGGCAAGGCCCAUAAUGGUCCCUAAAUAGUGUAAGAAAGAAAGAAGCUUUGUGCCAGAUGGCAAAUGGUUGAGCCCUCUGCCUCACCUGCCUGGUAGUGUGAAGGCCAAUAGCCAGAAAGUGGCUCCUGGAAAGACCAGAGCCCUUUGUUUGUUUGAAGAACAAACCCAUUCCCUUUUUUUUCAUUUCCCCAUGGUGCUUCUCCUCAAGAAUAGCAUUUUAAGCAACAUACUUGUCAACCACAACAGUGAAACAUACGUGUCACUUUCUUCUUUAAGUUGUUCUCUCCUUGUAGUUCAUCAACAUUAUUUAUUACUUGUCCAGAUUUCUAGUAGAGUAUUCAUUCUUUUAGCAAUUUGCAUUAUUUAUUGAAAUGGCUUGCUCCUACGUGACAUCAUUUGUAGCAAUUAUGGGGUUUGGCAUAAUAGCUACGUGAUGCCUCAGAUGUCGCGUGGAAAUGAAUGAUGACAAAAUCCUGUCCCGGUGGUUAACACUGAUGUAUUGCUGUGAACUUUAAGAUCUCUAAUACAUUUGAUUUUUCCUCAUGUUUUCAUAAUGCUUCAGCAUAGAAAGCGACUUUUGGGCUUAGGUCAUAUUCAAGUCAUAGCAUAAUGUCUGGCACUUAUCUGACAUGUGUCUCUGUAGUCCUGUAAUUCCAAAGGUGAAUUGCUAUCAAGUUUCUCCAAUAGUUACUAAAUUAAAAUAUAGAGAACAAUAACGAGUCUGUAGCUGAUAUGAGUAGAACCAUUCUGCCUCUUUAAGUCUGAUCUUGUGAGCAGCAUUCACUGUUCUGCCAUCAUUGAUAUGAGAUUCUGAUCACUGAACUGAGAUCCCCUGGAUAGGGGUUCCUGAAUAGGGGUGGGGAAGAAAUUUGAUUCAGUUCACAUUGAAAGGAGAAGCUGCCUAAAAUCACACUGUCCAAACAAUAAGAAAACUGAAACACAGCCAUCCUUCAACAUUCAGAUUCCUCCAAAUCUUUCAGUGUAGUUCUCUAGCCAAGUAUUGUGUCCAAAAAUGCAUAUACUGAGAUAAGAUGUGCAUCAUAAUGCACAUAUUAGUGAACAUGGCGUACAAAUAUGCUUUAGAUUAUGGGAAACUGCUUCGCAAAAUGCAAACCUUAAGGAAGAUUGCUUACAAAUGUACAUAUUGGAAAUUCACACUGAAAUGCUGAUAUAUUUUUAUGAGAAUUUAUUUUUAAUCACAAGCUGAUGUGAAAAUGUAGAGAACUGAAGAUCAGAAAAUGAGAACCUGAGAGAAAAUGAGAACCCCAGUGACCUCUAGGGGACAAGGCCUUUUCCAGUUUCAGUUUACAGUUUAAACUGAAAACUUAAUAAAAAAUAUUCAAAUAAAAGGCCUUUUCCAAAUCUAGUACAGUAGUACCUCGGGUUAUAGACGCUUCAGGUUACAGACUCCGCUAACCCAGAAAUAGUACCUCAGGUUAAGAACUUUGCUUCAGGAUGAGAACAGAAAUUGUGUGGCGGCGGCAACAGGAGGCCCCAUUAGCUAAAGUAGUUAAGAGCAGUUUCAGGUUAAGAACGUACCUCCAGAACGAAUUACGUAAAUUCUUAACCUGAAGUACCACUGUAGUGUGCUGGGGAUUCAGCUAGGGAAUAGUUUGCAUCAGGCAGUGUGUUGGUUGGCAUCUGUUUGUCUCGGGAGACCAUGGAAGGGUGCACCUUCAGGGCUGAAGUCAAACUAUUGGAGAGUUACAGCACCUGCUUAGGCCGUGAGCUCCAGUAUGGGAGAGACACGAUUCAAGUUACAAGAAAGCAAAUUCUGACGAAACACCAGGAAGAACUUUCUGACAGUAAGAGCUGCUUGACAGUGGAACAGUCUCCCUCGGGAGGUUGUGGACUCUCCUUUCUUGGAAGUUUUAAGCAGAGGUUGGAUGGCCACCUGUCAUGGAUGCUUUAGUUGAGAUUCCUGCAUUUCAGGGGGUCGGACUAGAUGAGCCUUGAGGUCCCUUCCAACUCUACAAUUCUGUGAGUCAAUGUUUUGUUGCAGCUGGGCAGGUGAAGGAGUGCAGUUGUUCUGAUGUGGCUGCACCAUGGCAUUUCUCUCUGCGCUCCUCUUAGCAGUCAUUCCUCCUCUAGUUGCUGCUGUGGAUACAUGGCCUGAUUGUCUCUGCAAGGGAUUCCCACAUGGUGGGGUAAUGUGUGCUAUUGAUUAUAACACAAUCCUCAGCCUGCUUAAGCCGCCAUGCUUUCAGUUAAUGUAACCUGGUGCUCUCUGGCUGCUUUGACUACAGCUCCCAUUAAUCCCAGCAAGUGCAGCUACACUGGUAUAGACAAUAUGGCCAUGCUGACUGGGGCUGAUAGUUGUUGUCCAAAAUAGUUGAAGGGCACCAGGUUGGCAAAGGCUGAAGGCAUGUACCCUCACCCUGAGUUCAGGAUAGUGAAUCCAUUUAGAUGUAUGCAAAGAGGUUGGUCGCUGUCAUCUAAAACUCCAAAUAUAAUCACCCGAUGAUCUGUUUGUUCCCACUCUUUCAAGGGAAGAUACAGGAAAGCUGCUAAUGAGAGGGCAAUUAUUUCAGCUGAAUGCACUAUUUGUUUAUAGCUGGUGAAGAAAAACAACAACAACCACCCCAGGUUAACCACACACUCAAUGCAGUCUGGCAAUUAAACAGUUCAAUAGCAAUAAAACAAUUAGAUCACAAUGGUGAAUUUCCAUUUAAAGCUAAUUAAAACAGUGUAAAAAGUGAUUUGCAUUAAGGGAAAACAAAUGCAACCAUCAAUAUGCGCUAUGAAUACAAACAGUGGCUCUGUAUCUUAUGGGUUUUUAUGCAGUAAUAAUUUUAAAUGUAUUUAUUUAAAUGAAUGCUAGCUGUCCUAGCAACAUUUCCUCUGCAGCCUUACCAUCUCGGGUGGAAAUGAAGAUGAAGGAAGGCGUUCUCUAAAGCAGAGGGCAAAAGAGAGACAGGGCAGCAGAGCACCCAGUUGCUCAUCGCAUCUUAGCAGUGGUCGAUGCCAGAGAAUAAUAGGAGCUGGGGAAGAAGGGGAGCAACCACAGGGUAGGAAAGAAGGAAAUGCUACACAGGGAGAUGGCAAAUUAAUUCAGGUGAACGUCAAGCACACAAACCAAUUAAAGCUAAUCAUGUUGAAAUUCCAUUGACACCACUGAGAGAAAGAACAUGCUUCCCCAUCCAUGGGACUGAAAACUGCAUAGUGGGGUAGUGCACAGGCUUCACGUGGGUAGGAAAUUGUCUUUCACUGAGAUCAGUGGUCCCUCUAGCCAGUAUUGUCUAUCGACAGGGACUGGCUGGAUACCUAGGAGGGGGCACCGGGAGAAGGUGGGGUUGGAGACUGAAUUGGAAUAAGGGACCAGUGAACUGAGGGAGCCUGCAACAGCUGAAAGACAAGAGUUGGAGGCAGGAGGAGCUGCAGGGUUGGAGAGUGAAGGAGAAGAGAGUUCUGCAGCUACUGAGAUUUUCCCCAGCCUUGAGGCUUAUAUCUGAUGUGUGGAUGGUCAAUACAGAAGCUGAUAGAUAUGCAGUCAUUGUUCUAUGUCACAUGCUCAAAAAUGGUUACCGUUUCCCCACCACCAAGGUGGCAGACUUGCCCACUGCAUUUCAGUACGUUAGACUGCUUGUUAGUGACUCAGCUAGGUUAGCUGAUAUUAAAUUGCAUCUCUGAUAUUAGCACCAGCUUCAGUUCUAAAAGCACCUUUGGCUACCUAUCAUUGAGUGAAUGGGCUGUGGGCACUUGAUGAGGUAGUCCUAUAGCUAAAGCUAAGCAGCUAUGGUCCUUUAAGCUGCCUGGAUGGAAGACCACCUGGGAACCUUAUGGUCCAUCUCUAGCUGUUAAAUCAGCAGUUUGGAGGUGAUAAAUGUUUAUUUCUGUAAUGAAAAGAGUCACUUGCUGAUUUCUGUAUAUCAUACCUUUAUUAAAAGCACACAAACAGGUCAGCCCCUUACACACACACACACACACACACACACACACACACUUGAUUAUCCACAAGUAUAUAUGAAUGGUUCAUGUGAAAGUGUGAAAAAUGAAACUACGUUGCAAAUGUAGAAACUGCCUAAUGCCCGGUGGUCAUAUUAUUUGUCUGUCUACCCUGUUACAUUCAGAACCUUUUCUGACCAGCCACUCCUGUGCACUUAAAUACAAAAUCUUUGCCUCUUUCUUGAGACAGAAAUAUUUCCCGGUCCUGGGGAAUUCCAUGAUAUUCCCACAGUUGCCACUGUGUGGAGAUGUUGUGUCAUAAUCCCAUCCAGACUGUGAACAUUGCAGACGGCUCAAGGCUCAGUUGAAUUGUCAUUGUCCAAAGUGCUUUUCCUGCCAAUUCCAUCGUAUCAUAUUCUGAAAAGCUCUGCCUGCAUCUUCCUAUUGAACCAAUAUAUCUGGUGAUACAGAAUUUCUUACAAACAGGAUGUGGCCUGCAAUGUUAGGUGCAUUUACCUGGGAGUAAGCACUGAACCCAGGGGAAAUUGCCUCCAUGUAAACAUGCAUAGGAUUACAUUUAUAGUGAUUUGUAAGUUGGGGUGCUGUCUGUAUUUAUCACUUUUGUAAAUGGGGUGUCGUAUUUUUCACACACCCCUCAAAGAAUUGAUCAUUUUUAUUUUUAUUUUUAAAAAGUGUGAUGGUAGAUUGCAAAGUAUUACCAUAUAUGCAUUUCAACCCUGUUUUUCUAUCAAGCGGACACUCAGAUGUCUGUAUCAGUUGUGGGUUUACCUUCUUGAUUAUAAUCAAGGCAAAGUGUUAUUUGCUUUGCUUUUUCCCUGGCACAGGUAAGUGGAGGUUGCAUUCAGAAUCCAGAGCAGCGGUUCAAGUGAUAGAUCUUACUAUCUAUCCAGGAAGAAAGCAGCAUUACGGUCAUGACCCAACAACAAAUAAAACAAAAUGUAACAAAGGUGAGAACAAGCAAACCCUUCACAAAUAUUAUUGGGAUACUGAUAUACAGAGGGUGACAAAAAGCAGGGGUAAACCCUCUGCUUUCCUCCCCUCUUCCUCAGCCAGCUCUUUGGAAAUCCCUCCCUAGAGAAGCUAGACUGGUUUCCUCCUGGCUGUCCUUCCACCAGCAGCUGAAGAUAGUUUUAUUCUGACAGGAUUUUAUGGAUUGGCUGUUGUUGUUGUUUCUUUAGGAAAAGGCUUUUGAAUUAUGCUGUGCUAUUUUUCCUAGCUGUAUAUUAACAGAUUUUUUUAAUAUUGUGUUCAUUCUAUUAUAGUUUUAUUACUUCUUAACUGUUAUCUUUCAUAGGUUUUUAUGAAACAUAUUCUGUAUUUUAGCUGUGUGUUUUUUAAUUUGUGUAAGUUGCCAUGAGUCCUGGUCUGCAAAAAGGCAUUAUUAUUAUUAUUUAUUAAAGUCGUACCUUGGUUCUUGAAUUUAAUCCGUUCUGGGAGUCCAUUUGACUCCCAAAACUGUUUGAAAACGAAGGUGUGGCUUUCAAUUGGCUUCAAGAGCUUCGUGCAGCCAAUUGGAAGCCCCAUAGGACAUUCGGCUUCCAAAAAAUGUUCACAAACCAGAACACUCACUUCCGAGUUUGCAAUGUUCAGGAGCCAAUUUGUUUGACAACUAAGGCUUUUGACUACCAAGAUAUGACUGUAUUGUUUCCUUGCCACUGCUGCCAGUUCCACUCAGUAGUUUUCCUGGACUUUGGCAAGUCCUCAUACUUCUUCAGGGAUAUGGGAACUUGGGAGGCUCGCCUCCAAGUGUUGGGGUUGAGGCACAUAGGACUCAGGUAGGCAAUAGAAGCAUCCUGGGUUUUCAGCCGGAAAGAAGAGGGUGCUGCUGGUCCCAGCUAUUGUUGUUGUUUAGUCAUUUAGUCGUGUCUGACUCUUCGUGACCCCAUGGACCAGAGCACGCCAGGCACUUCUGUCUUUCACUGCCUCCCGCAGUUUGGUCAAACUCAUGUUUGUAGCUUCAAGAACACUGUCCAACCAUCUCAUCCUCUGUCGUCCCCUUCUCCUUGUGCCCUCAAUCUUUCCCAACAUCAGGGUCUUUUCCAGGGAGUCUUCUCUUCUCAUGAGGUGGCCAAAGUACUGGAGCCUCAGCUUCAGGAUCCAUCCUUCCAGUGAGCACUCAGGGCUGAUUUCCUUAAGAAUGGAUAGGUUUGAUCUUUUUGCAGUCCAUGGGACAGCAAGUGCCAUAUACUUGUCCAUAAAUAAAUAUGCUAAGAUAGAUAUAGAUAUAGAUAUAGAUAUCACUUAAUCAACCCAAACCUCUAAAUGGUUUGCAUAAAACAACAGAACAUAUUCCAAUAAAAUAGAAUAUAGACAAUAUCAAUAAAAUCAAGUGCUAUUAUUAGCAAUAAAUAAAUAAAAUCAGCCGUUUUAAAACACACACACAUAACAUAAAAUUCCAUCUUAAAAUUCCAUGUCUGGGGAGAUUGGUCUGCACAAAAGUUCUUAGGAGCCACAAACAAUACAGUGAAAGCACCUAGCUAAUAUUAAUGGCAAUAUUAGUAUUGUGUUGUAUCUGAUAGCACUGAAACCAAAGAUGAUUGUAGCCUUCCAAUUUACAUACACACAUCUAUCUAAACAAACCUUUUCCUGUAUAUACAGGGUGGCAUCUGAGGUCGUGCGAGUGGACUUCUGCUUAUGCAACAGCACUUCCCCCCCUUUUCCUCCUGCAAAACCCCCACCCCAUUACAAUCUGUAGGUUUCUCAUUAUUUCUGUUAGUUUAUUGUUCUCUUGUAUAUUCAAGUUUGGACAAGCCAUCCCGAUUUCUUGUAAUUAAUUAUGUAUCCUGCUGAAAUCCCACCAAAUGCUUUCUAAAACGAUUAAAAACAACACCAUUUCUUGAUCUUGUUAGAUGGUCAUAAAAUUAGCAAUGCCAUCUAUAUAGAGGUUAAUUUAAAAUAUUGUUACUAUUCUAAUUAUAAUUGCAUUUCCUCCGUCAUUACUAGGGGCCACUCAACAGAUAAAGGGCAGCCUUUCCUUGUACUCUCUGAAAUGGACUGUAGUCCACGAAAGGAUACACAGUAAAAGAUUUGCUCAUCUUUUAAGAUGUCACAAGAAUCUUUGCUGAAAUCAAAUUUUUGUGGCAAUUGCUGUAAUUAAAAUGCAAGAAAACACGAAUUUCAGAAGCCGAAAAAGAAGAGAGCAAGAACACCACCACCACCACCACCCUCCUUUGUCUCCAAAAAAGGUAAAGGGACCCCUGACCAUUAGGUCCAGUCAUGAUCGACUCUGGGGUUGCGGCGCUCAUCUUGCUUUAUUGGCCAAGGGAGCCAGCGUACAGCUUCCGGGUCAUGUGGCCAGCAUGACUAAGCCGCUUCUGGCAAACCAGAGCAGCGCAUGGAAACGUUGUUAUCUACUUGCACUUUGAUGUGCUUUCGAACUGCUAGAUUGGCAGGAGCAGGGACCAAGCAACGGGAGCUCACCCCGUUGCGGGGAUUUGAACCGCCAACCUUCUGAUUGGCAAGUCCUAGGCUUUGUGGUUUAACCCACAGUGCCAUCCGCGUCCCUUUUGUCUCCAAAAGGAACCCCAAAUAAAGAUGUCUUGCAGCAUGAGAUUUAAAGCUUUAAUUGCUCAUGUGCUGUUAGCAGUAAGAGUGAUGCUGGAAAGAUUAGAAAGUAGCAAUUGCAGUUAAACCACCUGGAUUUCCAAGCCAGGCUAAAAAAAAAGAUACAAUUUACAGCACCAAAAAGUAACGAAGAACUCUAAUACAGGAGAAGCCUACAUGACACCCUCCAGAUGUUAUCGGACUACAACUCCCAUCAGCCACAGCCAACAUGGCCAAUGUUCAGGGAUUUGGGGAGUUUUUGACCACAACAUCUGGACCAUGUCAUAUUGCUCUAACAGAACCAGCAGCAAGGUGUUUCCCCUUCUCAACUUUCAGUUGUCAAUUAUUUAACACCGCCUCCAUCUAAUAACUGAGCUGAACUUUAAAGCAUCACAAGAAAGAUGUCCCAUCUGCAAAUGGUUUAAAUUGCUCUGCUAGCAAGCAUUCCAUUGACUCCCCAGAAACGGGAAGGUUGGAUACCUAUCUAAAAUGGCCUGGGCAGUCAAUGCAUCCAUGAUGGUUUCUUUUUUUAAGGAGACAGCUAUGCCAAGCUACCACUUAGCAUAAAUAAAAUGAGUUCACACACCAAUAUAUUUUAUCUAAAAGGGACAGGCUGCAUUUUUCUAUAAAUAAAAAUGAAAUGGCCAUGCUUUUGAUUCAUUAGAUCCUCUCAAGUCAUCUAAGAUUAGUUAAGGCUGCAGUGACUGUGUCACAGUAUAAACCUAUGCAUAUGCCCUCAGAAACAAACCCCACUGAGUUCAGUGGGGCCUAAAGGUAAAGGGACCCCGGACCAUUAGGUCCAGUCGUGACUAACUCUGGGGUUGCGGCGCUCACCUUGCUUUAUUGGCCGAGGGAGCCGGUGUACAGCUUCUGGGUCAUGUGGCCAGCAUGACUAAGCCGCUACUGGCGAACCAGAGCAGCACACGGGCCUAAUCACUGGCAAAGUGCAUAGGAUUGCCACCACAAACUUUGAGCCUGGCUACUUGAUACACUCACCACAGGCUACCAGGCCCAUCUUGUAGGGGCAGAUAUACUAUGAAACUAAUGAAGUUUGAGCUUCAGGGCCCCUAAUCCCAGAGGGGUCCCAGAAAAGACUUUAGUCCACGUUGCUUAAAAUUUGGGGGGUCUGGUAGACCCAAAUGGAGUCACACAAUUCAGAUUGAUUAAUUUUUGGUUGUAUAUAGUUCAACAAUCACAAAGUUUUGAGAGUCAGUAGCACAGAUGUUGUAAAGGUGUGCUGGUCUGUUGUGGAACAACUCCACUGAAGAACGUAACAAUAGCUACCCAGACCUCUUUGCUGGUUCUGAAGGGCCCCCCUUAACAAUUCACGCUUUAGGGCCCCCAAAAUGUAGGUCUGCCAUUGCCAUCAUGACUGUCCAGUUUCAAAACAACGGAGGAGGGCCAGAUGGGGCUCCUAUAUGGGGAAAGUCCCUCUGGUAGGUGGGAAAGUCAUACAGUUGGGUGGAAUCCCUCAACCCACUUUGCCCCAUGGCUCUUGUGAGGGGUGGCAUGAGAGUCUUUGUGUCUAGCAUUGGGGAGUAACCCCAGUGGCAGAGAUGGGCAUUGUAUUGGCUCAAAAAAGGGAUAGCACUAUUUUUAGGAAAAACAAUAUGGAGUCUUGUGGCACCUUAAGGACACAUAUAUCAUGGCAUAAGCUUCUGUGAACUAAAGUCUGCCUCAUCAGUUGCAUGAAGUGUUAUUCUGAGUUACAGGUAUAAAAGCAGAGACAUCACCUUGCCAACAAAGGUCCGUAUAGUUAAAGCUAUGGUUUUCCCAGUAGUGAUGUAUGGAAGUGAGAGCUGGACCAUAAAGAAGACUGAUCGCCAAAGAAUUGAUGCUUUUGAAUUAUGGUGCUGGAGGAGACUCUUGAGAGUGCCAUGGACUGCAAGAAGAUCAAACCUAUCCAUUCUUAAGGAAAUCAGUCCUGAGUGCUCACUGGAAGGACAGAUCCUGAAGCUGAGGAUCCAAUACUUUGGCCACCUCGUGAGAAGAGAAGACUCCCUGGAAAAGACCCUGAUGUUGGGAAAGAUGGAGGGAACAAGGAGAAGGGGACGACAGAGGACGAGAUGGUUGGAUAGUGUUCUUGAAGCUACCAGCAUGAGUUUGACCAAACUGCGGGAGGCAGUGGAAGACAGGAGUGCCUGGCGUGCUCUGGUCCAUGGGGUCACGAAGAGUUGGACACGACUAAACGACUAAACAACAACAACAACAUAGACACAUCACCUUUACCUUUACACACAUCACAGCAGGCCCUAAACAAUGUGAUGCCUGUGGCAAAGGACAAGAUGGUGCCCCAUCCCAUGCCCAGAAGCUGACUGGACAGGUAGUUGAAUCUUACUUCAACAUGGGAGAUGAGACAGUAUGCUCCACCACAUUUGGGAGCAUCAGACUAGCUUAGGGAAUGUAUAACAGGCCAUGUGGGGAACAUAACUGUUGUCCAACCACUUACCACUUCUCCCGUCCUCCUGUGUAUCUGCUUGUCUGAGGUGGCCACCUCACUCAGCCUACAGGUAGAGGUUUAGGGGUAAGCAGAAUUGUAAUAAAAUGAGGUCAGAUGCAAAAUCACACAGUAUUUCCCUCUGGCCUCACAGUUUGCAAAUGCACACAUAUACCACCAUGUGUAUAUGACUGCAAUUCAUGAUAAAGCUUCAUGCAUCUGAUGAAGUGGACUGUAGUCCCAUAUAAACUUAGGCCAUAACAAAUGUAUUUGUCUUUAAGGAGCCACAAGGCUCCUUCUUGUUGUUUCUGUAACAGACCAAUAUUGCUGCCCCUCUGAAUUUUCUUAGUGGUGCCAGUGAAGCCCCAGAUAGUUGCAUAAUUUUAUUUAUUAGUACCUUUACAAUGCGUAGCUAUGAGGCCAUUUAAAAACAGAAGUAGAUCGUUGGAUUAUGAUUGAAAGAUAGCAGAAAUUAUGCACCACAGAAACAGAGCAGAUGCAAUAUGGGGAUUGUUAAACAGUUAAUAGAUUUUGUCUAGCAUCUGCUUAAAGGCCUUAACAGCAGGGAUAUCUAUUGCACCACUGGCUAAAUUCUGCUCUUUCCUUCUCUAUCUAGUGGGGAGGGAAGAUGAGCAGGGACAAAAAAUAGGCAGGUAGAUUUUUCAGCUUUGCACUCAAAAGAAAAUGAGCAGGAAAUGGAAUUCUUAAUUUCCAUUUCAGAGAGCCAUAUAUAGACUUUGGCCGUGUCUAUAGCACAAGGCAUUCUGAUUCUUUUCUGUGCAGUUUUAAUUCACAAGUUUGUGUCAAGGUUUUACCUCAUGUUACCUGAUUCUUCCCUACUUCUGUUUUUAAUUUGUUUUUCUUUCGCUUGUUUACAGGGACAAUCACUUGUGUCCCACCAUAAAGCCUUCUUGAAGGCUCAGGGAGCCCUCCCGGACGCUCUGGGGCCACCACCACAAAUGUACAAGAAACAGACCAGAUUUUUUAAAAUCCUCACUAACUGGGUUAGGAGGCAAUUUAUAGGCAACACAGCGUCAUUCACAUGCAUUUUAAUAUGUCAGCUUGGAUAGUUGAGGGCCAAUGUGGCACACAACACAGUGUCUCACAUUUUCAAGCCUUCCAUCCCACUGGGGUAUAGCACAUUUGGCAGCCAUUUUCUCAAAUGAUGGUUAAUAGAGCCUCUUUAGACAGAAGUAAGUUCUAGUGAGUUCAAAUGGCUUAUUUCCAAGUAAAUGUGCCAGGAGUGCAGGAUAAAUAACUUGGGUUUGUUUUGUAUUUCCCAGCAUUCAGUUGUACCUCUAGAAUGUAUAUUUGGCUUAAAAUGGGCUUGCUGCCAUUUUCUAUUCUACAUCAAACAUAUUCACAACUGAUUCGUUUCAGAUUAAAAGGUGUUUGUGAAAAUCUCCUAAUUGCAAAUGUCAUAGCAUCACUCUGCCAGACACAUACACGGAUUCACAGAUGUCUGAAACUGUAAACCACACAGGUCAGAUGACUAUAAAAGGAAGCUCAGAUCUUUUUCCUGCAGAAUUCUAGAGGUACCAGCCAGAGAAAAAUGUAGGUAUGCCCAAAUUCUUACUGAAAAACUGUUUUAAAUUGUCCACCCAAGGCCUUAAUCAUGGAAAAGGAAAGUAAGGAUUCCUUGAGCUUCAAUGUUCUGUUUAUUAGCAUUCAUCUUGAUUUGCUUGCAAAAAGCUUCUUCUGUAGAUAGACUAUCUAAUGUCUUUAUUAAGUAUUUGUUUUGAUUUGUUUAUGGGGUGGUUAUAUGACAAUGAGCAUUCAUCCUGUUUGCUCUGUGGGGUGUCGACAUGUCUUCUCAUUAAUCAUUCACCCCACACUUUUCAUAUCUCCAUCAAUUUCCCAAUUGCAAACAUUUGUGUGUGUGUGUUUUAAACAUGGAUUUGUUGCACUAUGGCAACAGGGUUCUUUAAUUCACUAAAUUGCACAAACAUUAAUUUCAACUAUGUGCUUGAAUCCCUUCCACAAAAUAGUUGGUCUGCAGACACCCUAAAAUGUGGGUUCUUGCGCAAAGCAAUGCAACCAAAAAUUUCCUCAGUUUAUGCUUCCCAGCAUCAAACACUAUGUAUGAUUUUGCUUUGGAGAAAUACAGAAGUGAUGCUCUUUAUCAGAUGGAUGGACGAGGCAUUCCUCCUCAUGUGUACCUUUUGCAAAGGGGAGGCAGUGCUUGUGGGACAGGCUCAUCAUAGCAGCCUUGAUCAUAUAAUGAGGGAAGGAUUGAAGUGGAGAGACAAGGUUGUUUCUGCAUACUUUAGAAAAGGCAUGAAAGCUUAAAUGGGGGAAUCAACUGAGUGCAGCAGUUACUGUAACAAUUAAGCUGACAUGAUGAAAAGAGGGAGCAGAGAGGGUGGGACAGAUCAUCCACCCCCACAGAAUGCCUGCAUGGGCAGGUGGCAGUUUUGAGCCAUGCCUCCUGCCAGCAGAAGAUAAUGGAGCUCAGCUACAAAGCUCCAGUGAGACACAGAGGAGUUUGGGUGGGGAGGCAGAUGUCUUUUUCUAAAGUUAAGGAAACACAAACAGAUUAGCUGACUAAACCAGGUCAGAUAGGAAAUGGGAGACAAUGGAUCGUGGAAGCUAAAGCCAUGAUAGGUGGUGGAAGCAGUGAUGCAGAAGAUGUAGCUGGUACAGUCCUACAUUCGUAGCUGCCUUAUACUUACUAAGUAUACUGAGUAUACUUACAUGGGUCUCAGUAUAGUUUACAGUGACUAGCAGAGAGUCCUGAACCAUAGGGUACCUGGCGGCAAGUCCCACUGCUGUACACAAUUCAACUGCAGAUGCUAGCACAGGCAUCCCCAACCUGCGGCCCUCCAGAUGUGCUGGCCUACAACUCCCAUGAUCCCUAGCUAACAGGACCAGUGGUCAGGGAUGAUGAGAAUUGUAGUCCAAAACAUCUGGAGGGCUGAAGGUUGGGGAUGCCUGUGCUAGCACAUAGUCUGGCAGACUCACAGCUCCAAAGUGCAGUGGACCAAAGCAUCUGCAGCCGAUCCAAGGGUCAGGGCACCUAGAGGUCAGUCCAGACAAGCUCAGACCCAAAGAGCUCCCUGGAACAUCCAAGCCAUGGUCUGGGCAAUGUGGGAAGCUGAGCAGAGACAGCUCUCAGCUCUGUUGCCCUUUUAUAUGUUGCAUGCUGAUUGGCUUGCAUCUGAGCCUGUAGAGGCAUGCGACCUUCACCUGCUUCAGCUGAGGAAUCACACACCUCCUCCCAGAGCUAGCAAGCCCCACCUGGCCAGCUAGGGAGCUGAGCUGUGGGCCCUUGCCUGCCUCAGCCUCCUGGAGCACCACUCCCGCUGCUCCCUAUGCCUCAAAUCCUGCUGUGUUCAUGGAAACAGGGGCCCCUGCUGCUCUGGUUCCUGUGCACUGACUGCUAUCCCUUGGUCAUCCUCUGUCACCCUGAGAGUACUUCCCAUACCAGCCUCUCCUUCCCCAUCUCCAGCUUGCCCCAGUCCUGGCUACACCCCUCACCAGGAUCCGCUUCCUCUUCCCAUCUGUCCUGCCAGUUCAUGACACAGAGACUCUUCAGAAUUUCAGAUCUGAGUCUCCCUCAGCCCUACUUGGAGAUGCCAGGAUUGAACCUGGGUUUCUCUAUGUACAGUUAGGGUUUCCCUACUGACAAGUUGUGCCCCAUGAAUCUAGUGCAGUUUGUGUCUGAUCAGAGGACACUCCUACAGAUGGAUUUGAGGAAAACCAUCCUCACAAACCCCAGCUCACCAGCCGCUGCUGAAUGUCCAGGGCAGUUCAGGCCAGGAACCUUGUGGGGUCCAGAAACUCAGAGCAUGCUGCUGGUUAAGUUAUUCAGAAAUUGGUGUUUAGGUGAAGUGAACAAUGCCAAAUGCUGAAAGACGUGCAGAAUGGCAACAUAAAGAAUUUCUGUAAGCUGCUGCAAAAUGCAGUUGACAAAUAUCAUCCGCCAGAGUCUUUCCAGAUGAAGCAUGUGAACACUGGUAGGUAAGGGCUCACCUUCACUUCCAUUUGUUCAAGUGGUUUUGCCUUGGAAAACUCAAUUGUUUUGUCUAUUUUCCCUGGAAAACUCAAUUGUUGUUUGGGGGAAAGUGGCAGGCCAAAUGAAAGUGUGGAUGGCUCCUAAUUUCUGAAGUGUCCCAUAUCCCACCACGGGAGUGACUGGUCAACUUCCCAUGAUACAUCAUGGCUUGGACUGCUAAAUUCUGUCAUCUCUCCCACCUUUUCUUAGUUGACCUGGUUUACUCUACCAGGCUGUUUGCAUUUAUGCAACUCAAAAAGACAUCUGCCACCAGCCACCCCCCGAAGUUCUCAUCUGUGCCUCAGUGGAGUUUUGCCGUUGACUGCUAUCCUAUUUAUAUUAAUUGAAUGCACUGUAGUCUCCAUACACCACUGAUUGGCCUAAUUUAUUUCAGUUCCUUAAAGGCCUGGGAUUUUCCUGUUUUCCCUCGCUGCAUUGUUUUUACUCAUUUGGCUCCAAUUAGCCUCAGCUAACAAAAAUACAUUAUCCUGAGCCUCUCCUUAGCAGUGCUGUUUCUAAUGGCACAAUUUGUGAUUUAUUUAUUUUUAUUUUUAAAGAAGUCUUUAAUGUAAAGACAUUAGGAAUUAAGUUACAUUUCUCUAGUGGGGAAGAGAAAUAUUAAUUGCAAGCACCUGGGGUCCCCCCAUCUUUAAAGAAGAGUUGUGAUUUUUAACUUUAACUAAUAAACGUUGACAGAAUCAGUGAGCUAUCAGCACCAUGCGUCAGCCCUUUGUGAGGGACAUAUCAUCCCCCUUGCUUGGUUUGCUGAGGAAGUGCUUGAAUUUUAGCACCCAGACUUGGUAUAUUUUUCAACUAUCUUUCAGCACCAGGAUGUUACUGUGGGAAAGAGAUGAACUGUCCCUUUUAAGUUACUGGAUUGUUUUCCUUAGCUAGCCAGGUGAAAAGGAAUUGCAUGCCCAGCCGCAGAGUCCCCACCCCUAGGGAGUCUGGCUAACUAGAGAGAUGAAUGAAUGGAUACGACAAGUGGCUGGGAUUUAAAAGGCCACAGCUUUACUGAUUUCAGGUGUAGGUAAACUUUGGCAUAGGCAUUGGGCGUGUAUCCCUCUCAGUCCCCCGGCAUGAGAGGAUCUAAUUGGGGAAGAAGGGACCGUCGCAAAACGCAGGUUUAUGCAGAUGGUGCCAGUCUACUGUUUAUGCCUGGGGAGCGGACCUGAGUGAAGACUGCAACACCAGAGUCACUCCCGAAGCACCACCCCCAGGCCGCCACAGAUUGGCUGAAUUUGAACUGAGGGCCUGGCAGUGCGCACAAUGCUCUGUGGCAGCUGGAGAGGAGCAGCCACGGCCACAAAAACAGGGCUAGGUUCUGAGGGCGCCAUGGCAGGCUGCAACCGCUGCUCACUGCUGAAUUGGGUAAGCGGCCAUUAAAAGAGAAAGACAAUUGCUGAGGUCGUUUGAGGCCUCAAAAGAUUAACCCACAAGCUUCCUCUGCUCUGAGGCUGUUCUUCCACAUGGCACCACCAAAUAGUACAUUUGAGUCUCUAUUUGUGCCAUAUUGUGUAAUUUAGUUAAUGUAAAAAAAAUAAAAAUGCACAAAGUGUUAAGUGUAUAUUUUAGCUAAUAUAGCAUGCAUAUCUUGCAUCGCACAGCAAUUUAAACAUGACAACUUUAACUUCACAUUGUGUAAAACUUCCCUACUCCUGCCUGUGGUUUGAGUAGAGCUGGAUAAAUCUGUCAGUAAUGGCUUCUCUCUGUUUCUCUCCCCUUCCCCAGUCUUAAGUUCACUUGUCCACAUUUCUGAAUUAGUUUGCAAUUUGUUUUGUGAAGAAAAAGGGGAAAAGUACUCAUGAAUAUUGGUUUGCAUUUUAAUAUAAAUGUAUCCUGAGACACAUGUUUUUGUAUGCAAUUUGCCUAUAACACACAUUUUUGCAAAGAUAUAAUACAUUUCUGAAUGCUUUCUACAGACCAGUGUAAAGAUGAUAUUGAUAGCCUAUCAUUUUAGGAUACUAUGGUCAAUCAGCAGGGUUUUCUCCUAGCAUAGAGCAUUCGUUGGGUUUACAAGGCAGAUUCUGUGCCAAAAACAGACUGUAAUGGAUUCAGAUAAUCCAUAUCUUCCAAUAUGGAUUGUGGGUGGAUUUUGUAGGGGGGUGGGGUGGAGAAGGACUAAGUCUCCAUCGAUACUGGAAUAAAAUGUUGUGUGUACGUAGUCUAUAGAUGGAAAGUGCAUUAGAAAAAAGAGAUUUAAGUCAGGGGUGAGGAACCUAUGGCUUUUCAGAUGCUUUUGGACUCCAUCAGCUACAGCUAGCAUUGCCAAUGGUUAGGGAUUAUGGGAGCUGGAGUCCAGAUUUCCAUCCCGGAUUUAAGUAGCAAGAUUAUUUUCUUCAGUAGCUAAAAAGAAAAACUUUUUUAAAAAAACAACCUUUGUAUGUAGCUAGCAUGUAACCUCUGAGACCCACCUUCAGUUCACGUGAAAAACCAUGGUGAGUGGCUGUGGAUACUUCCAUGAAUGCCACCAGCGGAGGAGAAAAAAGUUUUGCAGUUUUCUUUUCAAAGGGUUUCUGUCACUGUUCUUGCUGAAUUGAUCAUCUUAAUGGGAUAUGUUUGGAAAGGAUCCAAAUUCUAAUUUUGGAAAUUGAAUUGUUUUAGUGAUUAAACAAAGUAACCGAGGGCAUCACCCUAUUAAAUAAGAUAUUUCAUGCAUGUGAUUAAUUGUAAUCUCAAUGUAAAUCCUUUUGAUUUAGAGAUUAAUGUUGAUUCUUUGCUUUGAGUUUACUGUCCAUUUGUUUUGUUAAUUAAAAUUAAAGAUAGAAGACAGAUAGCUGUGGAACCUCUUCAGGUUGUUGAUGCCCACUUUAUUAAAUAGGACAUUUCCCAUUACUAUCCUCAAAAGUAAUGGGCUUGGUAUAACUAUAUUAACCUUCCUGAGGAGCAGCAUCAAUGAACGAGGGAAGUUUGCACUCAUUUCUUCUGAUUGUAAAGCAUGUCACAUUUCACAUCACUUUAAAAAUAACAAUAGACAGCCUUUUGGUCUCCAAUGCAGUUUUCUUCCUUCAAAAGAAAGACAAUGUGCUUGAAAAAUAUAUCACUUUAACAAAGAGGGUCAUUUUCCCCUUGUGCAGCUUAGUUUAUGGCUUCCGUAUUAAAUAGCCAUCUAAAGCAACAACAGUUUAUUGCAGAAUGGUGUGCUGCUUUUUUAUUGGCAUCGUGUGUUGAAAAUGCACCCACUCCUGCUACAAAGUGGUUCUGUGAUCAUGGGGGAAACUGAAAAAAUAAUAAACUUCAAGCUUAUUUUAUUUAAAAGUGUAUCUGCCUUGCUGGAUCAGGCUAAGGCCACUGUUUCAAGCAGUGAGUCCGAUGCCUAUAGAUGCUCACGACAGGGCAUAAGAACAACAUUCCUCCUGUUCCUUCUGCAUGUGGCAGUCAGAGAUACACUACCCUUAUUCAUGGAGGUUCUAGUAACCUCUAAUGUCUAAUAGCUGUUGAUGAAUCCAUGAUCCAUCCAUUUGCAAACCUUCUUUAAAGCCAUCUAAAAGGCCAUCUGGCAGCAAUUUUUACAAGUUAAUUCUGAGCUGUAUGUCGCCCUGUGACCUCUACUUUUAUUGUCAGUUUCACUGAGUGACCAUGGAGGCUAGUAUUGUAGGGAGGAGCAUUAACUGUUGUCCCUGACCAUUGUUUCCAUGACAUUCACAACUUUGCUAACUCCGAUAAUGCUCCCCCAAUCGUCUGUGCUUUAAAACAAAACAAAAGUCCCAAAUGUUUCAACCCAAGGAAACUCCCAUUAUCCUGGACCAUUGGGCAUGCUGUGGGGAGUCAGAGACCAAACCAUCUGGGAGUCACCAUGUUGUUGUUGUUGUUGUUUUGUUGUUGUUUAUUGAAUUUAUAUACAGUGGUACCUCAGGUUACAGACGCUUCAGGUUACAGACUCCGCUAACCCAGAAAUAGUACCUCAGGUUAAGAACUUUGCUUCAGGAUGAGAACAGAAAUUGUGCGGGAGGCCCCAUUAGCUAAAGUAGUGCUUCAGGUUAAGAACAGUUUCAGGUUAAGAACAGACCUCCAGAACGAAUUAAGUUCUUAACCUGAGGUACCUUACCGCCCUAUACCUGGAGGUCUCAGGCCAGUUCAUAGAAUAAAAUCAAGAUUUAAAACCACAAAAUACAUAAUAAAAAUAAAAACAACAACGCAAUAGCCCCCCCCCCAAAAAAACACACAUUUUGAAAGGGCAUAGGAUGUUGGCUACUUGAGUGUUUCUUCAUAGGGAAGAUGUAUCAAUGACUUGAUUGCUUUGUUGUUCCCUUUGGUGGAAUCUUUUUUGAAUAACAGUUGCGGGAAACUACAGGAAAGGAGAGUGUUGUUGCACUCAGAUCCUCCUUGUGGGCUUUCCAUAGGCAACUGGUUAGCUAAAGAGAAUGGUGGAUUGGAUGAGCCACUGGCCUGAUUCCUUGAUAACCUUUUUUGAGAUGGGGAGCCUGGAGACGCUGUAAAUAUCAUUGGAGCUUAGGAAGCUGCUUGCCUUUCUAGCUCUGCAUUGGCUACAGUGAUUGGCAGCGGUUUCCCAGCCUUUCAGACAGUCUUUGGUGGAGACACGAGGAUUGAAUGCCAGGGGUUGAAGCUUUCUGCAAUCAGAGCAUGUCCUCUACCACUGAGCUACAACAUCACGAGGUGAUGUGAAGAAGGCUGGCUUUUGCACGUCCAAGAGUUUUGCAGAACUUCUUUCAAUUUCAGUUGUUGAUCCGUAAAUAUUGAGCUGGUCUCAGAUGCCACAAUGGGUCAGUGCAUCUGGCUGUUAACUAGAAGGUCGGUGGUUCGAGCCCAUGCAGGGAUGUCUGUGAGCAAGAUUCCUGUAUUGCUAGAUGGCCCUUGGAGUCCCUUCCAGCACUCCAAUUCUAUGAUAAGCAACCUAUUUUGUCAUUGGGGGGUCAUAGUGGUGCAUAGGUGCCCUGGGGUUGCAUGCCAGCGGCUCAUGCCAUGUAAAGCUGUGAAUGCACAAAGUGAACACACACAUUCAACACUCCCUCUUCCCCCCUGAAACACAAUCCCCAGUACAGGAACAGUGAUUUGGACUACAUCAAGAUUGCUGAGAGGAGUCAGAUUAAAACCUCUACUUGCUAAUGAACCUGAUGAAAUCGAGAGAUUGCCGCUAAUAUCCACAUGGGGACGGCAAUCUUUUGAACAUCAGGAUUGCUGGGAAGCAGAGUAUUCAACUUACCUGCAAAAGCCUGAUGCAGUCAAAACUAAGUAGUAUGGAAACGUUUUGCACCAUAGUGAUAAAGUGAUGAAUCCCGAGAAUGACUAAGUCAGGAAACCGGAGCAUAAACACUAUAGGAACUGCAUCUGGAAGACGCACAGGGAUGUAACAAUACGCAGGUAAGCUGAAAAUAUUCAAGUACAAUGGUACCUCGGGUUAAGAACUUAAUUCGUUCUGGAGGUCCGUUUUUAACCUGAAACUGUUCUUAACCUGAAGCACCACUUUAGCUAAUGGGGCCUCCUGCUGCCGCUGCGUUGCCAGAGCACAAUUUCUGUUCUCAUCCUGAAGCAAAGUUCUUAACCCGAGGUACUAUUUCUGGGUUAGCGGAGUCUAUAACCUGAAGUGUCUGUAACCUGAAGCGUAUGUAACCCAAGGUACCACUGUAAUUCAAGCAGUCUUUGCAAUGACGCUAUUGUAAGUCUAGGGACUUUGGGUCAAAAAUGCUAACUGCAACAGUCUGGGUAGAAAGAAAGACUGAGAUCCAAAGCAGAGUAGAGGUAAUUUUAAGACAUGCAGAAUCAUAGAAUAGUAGAGUUGGGAGGAACCAUGGGAGUCAUCUAGUCCAGCCCCCUGCAAUGCAGGACUCUUUUGCCCAACAUGGGGCUGGGACCCUGAUUGUGAGAUUAAGAGUCUCAUGUUCUAUCAACUGAGCUAUUUCCAUGCAGCAAAGGAAACCUUGAGUUUAUGUGUCUUAACCCCACCAGAUUACAAACUCCUACUGAAACGGAGUGUCUGGAAGUAUGGUGUAUGGAGGCCUUCUGUUCAAAAUGGUUGGGAAAGGGUGCUAAAGCUCUGGGAUGAACAUAAAUGUAUGACGUUUCCUCACCCUCCACCUAAAUUGAGCCCUUAAUCUGUAAUUGCCAGGAGAGAACACAGCAGAAAGGAAGAUGCUUCAAUUAGCUAGCUAAAUAGGAUAAAUGCAUUUUUAGUGAAAUGUCUGCUGACCUGCAUUCCACAAUCAAACCUUUCAGUGAUUUGAUAAUUGGGAGUAUCCUGUGUGGAGCUAUUAAUAGUUACAUGCUUGCCAAUGAGAAAGGGGGAAAGAAGCCUGAGAAGAUAUGAAUAAUGGAAAUGUAAAGCAACAUUAAAUGCAAAAUAACGGCACGGUGUAAUUGGCAAGCUGACCUUUCAUCUAAUAUUUCAGGUCUGUGGUGCUAACUCUCCUGGUGAUGAAUCUGAGUACAGUACAAUAUUCAGAUAAUUACAGCUCCAAAUAAUCCAAAUCUGUUAAUAAAUGUCUUCUGAAUUCAGGGUGGUUCCCAGAGAUCCAUUUUGGCAGCACAAUAUUAAGAAGCUCUUACAAUAAAUGGGCUGAUUAAGGCUAUCGGGAAGAAAUUAUUGCCUGUUAACUAUUUAGCUACUGCUCAACGGGCAGAUAGCAGCCACAUACAUCUAUGUUAGAGACGUGUGUGUGUGUGUAUGUGUAUACAUAUACAUAUACAUGCGUCCUUGAUUGAGCAAUAUGACAUGCUACUAGCAAUUCUUAUCACUUUUUUGCAUUUUUAUAUUUGAAUUUUAAAUGAAAUUAUAUCCACAGUUGAUACCUAUACACAAGUCUUCUUUGGGUGUUAGAAAUGUAGGUAAGGAAGGCUGCAGGUAGGGAGGCUGGGACAGGGCAGCAGGACGCGGGUGGCGCUGUGGUCUAAACCACUGAGCCUCUUGGGCUUGCAGAUCAGAAGGUUGGCGGUUCGAAUCCCCGUGAUGGGGUGAGCUCCUGUUGCUCUAUCCCAGCUCCUGCCAACCUAGCAGUUCGAAAGCACACCAGUGCAAGUAGAUAAAUAGGUACCACUGCAGCCGGAUGGUAAACAGUAUUUUCGUGUGCUCUGGUUUCCGUCACGGUGUUCCAUUGCACCAGAAGUGGUUUAGUCAUGCUGGCCACAUGACCCAGAAAGCUGUCUGUGGACAAAUGCCGGCUCCCUCGGCCUGAAUCCAGGGAUCCUUUACCUUUUUACAUCCUCAUGGAGCCAUGAAGGUCACUAGGUGUCUCCACCUGACUGACCUCACAGGAUUGUUGUGAGGAUAAAAUUAGGAAGUGGAGAACCAUGUAUGCCACUUUGAACUUCCUGGAGGAAAGGUGAGGUAUAAAUGUAAUAAAUAAAUAUAUGCAUCCAGAAAAUCCCAAAAUUUUCAGUAUGUAAUAAAAGAAUAUGAUAUUGUAAACAUGCCAUAGAAAGCCUCUAAUAGACAGCAGCAUGUGGUUUUACUGACGGAGCAACUGAGUUACUCAAGUAAUAUGACAAAAAGAAAGGGAAAGGGAAAAUUAAAAUAAGUAACCCUGCACAAAAUCUCUGGGAGUACCCAAGUAAAGUCCCCCUGCCAGCCAUUAUUAUGAUUUAAGAUGCUUAGGUACCUUUCCUGAAAGGCCAACUUACCCCCCUGCAAUAUCUGUUGCUGUAAUAUUAUUUUAACACUGUAAGAUAUGUGACUGAAAAGUUUAAGGUUACAGCUAUAUAAAUGUCAUUCUCGAGGAAAAAAAAGUGAUACAUGGUAAUAUGAUAAUGAAGCACUUGGAUUAAAAGCUUCCAGUAUUUUAUGAUCUAUGGGAGCUAGCUGGAAAGCCCCUAUAAAGUAUUUAAUGAUUAGCUUUUCUUGAUAAGGUUUAUUGGCUUUACAUAGAAUUGAUUUGGAAUGGUGACGAGGAAUCAGGCUUUUGUUUGAGUUUAUUGUGCUCUUUAAUAUGUGGAUGGAUAUUGGAAGACUAGCAGGUUAUACUCAUGCAAUACCUUUCGCCUCCAGGGCAUUUUAGAGUAAUAAAAGUAGCAAACCUAAGUCAAUAUUGAUGCAUUUGAUCUGAUUAAUGGGAAGUAAAUUGCGCCCUACAUCAGCGGUUCCUAGCUUGGUUCCGUGGUCAGUUUUUUCUUCUUCGUCAACAAGCAGCCUGGCCCAACAAGAUUUCCUUCUAUGUGGACCUUCUCCUGAAAUGUCUGCUGCUGGGCAGCAGGCCCAAUACUACCAGGCAGUUUCCACAGCCAGCUGCUGGGGAUCAAAUACCCCAAGCAGGGUCUACUGCAGAUGCUCUCCCUUGGCCUUCAUUUAAAUUUGAUGUAGUGGUUAAGAGCGGUGGACUCGUAAUCUGGUGAACUGGGUUCGCUUCCCCGCUCCUCCACAUGCAGCUGCUAGGUGACCUUGGGUUAGUCACACUUCUCUGAAGUCUCUCAGCCUCACUCACCUCACAGAGCGUUUGUUGUGGGGGAGGAAGGGAAAGGGGAAUGUUAGCCACUUUGAGACUUCUUCGGGUAGUGAUAAAGCGGGAUAUCAAAUUCAAACUCUUCUUCUUCUUCUUCUUCUUCUUCCAGCUGGCCAACAUUUUAACUUCCUACAAUGUAUGUCAGGUUCUGCUGGUCCCAGAGGCUCACUGGAGCUUCUUGUUGGAGGUUGACUCUAGAAGGUCAUAGGCUGAGGGGUCCCCUCAGAGCUGAAGAUGGUCCUGCAUUAAUUCACAUUCAUGUUCCAUCUUUGCAUGGCUCUCCUCCCCAUUUUAUCCUCACAACAUCCCCACAUGGUAGGUUAGCCUGAGAGACAGUGACUAUCCCAAGAUCACCCUAUGAGCAUCAAGGAUGAGUGAGGAUUUGAAAGCUGGUCUCCCAGGUCCUAGUCCAAGGGCCUUUUCAUUGCACAUGCUUUUCAUUGCACAUUCACAACAAUUUGUGCUCAUGAUGCUAUCGGGACAGUCAAAUGUGAUCUCACUUUCAAUACUGUUUGGACCCACGAAGGUUUUUGGGGUGGUCACACUGCUUCCUUUCCAAUCAGUGCAUAUCUCGUAACUUCCUGUGGACAUCUGGCAACUCUUUAUACCACAAACGUUCUGGUUUCGUUUUGUCCAGCUUUUGCUGCAUUAUAGUCCCUCUGUUAACACCGGUGAAGCAUUGCGGAACAAACUAAAACAGAAUAAACCCACCACUAAGUCAUUAAGAUUGGGUCAAGGACAUGUUGCAGAAUACAUUCACAAGAGAAGACUACUCUGAAGGGGCCCAAAGACACUAACCACUAUGCAACACACUAUUUAUUUGAAUGGCACCACAGCCGAUGACUUUUUGGCAUCUGGACCGAGGAAAAAAAAGAAGAAGAAAAUUAAGUGUUUCCCUGCUCCUUGUGGUAAGUCAUGCAUUUAAAAAACCUAGUGCUGAGCUGCACUCUGUUCCUUUUUCAAGACAUUUCCCCAUAACCAUGCUAUCUCAAAGUUGCUAGGAAUGUGCCUCAGUGCUCCAUUGGUGCUAUAUCAGUGUCCCCAUAUCAUGUGAGUGCAAUAAAUUUAGGCCACAUAGCUAUGAGAAUACAGAAGUACUCCUUCAGCUCUGCUAACUGUAUCAGAAUGGGACUGAGGCAGAUAUGUGGCUUAUUAUUAUUAUUAUUAUUAUUAAGCCUGGUGAGGGAGGGGUAGCAGUGUGUGUGAGGGGGUUAAUAUGUCUGAAGUGUCACGCAGUGUAGCCCUAUCUCUCUGCCACCUCUGUGCAUGGCAGCCAAUCUCACUGCCAGCUACCUAUUCAGCAAGGAAUGUGCAAACCACAUAAAAGGGGGGGGGGUGUUCUCGGCCAAUCAAGAGUUCCUCUUUGCAUCUACACAUGUACAUUGGUACACAUGUAAGAAGACCUCUCAAAGUUUCACAGUCAUAGAAUUGUCCAGUUGGAAGGGACUAAUGCAUUGGUAGGCAAGUACAGCUGUGGUGACUGGCCUUUAUGUGCUCUUAAAGCAUGGGAAGGUCACCUGACCCCCCCCCCUCCCCCAGGUUUGUGAGCAGCAUCUUCUUGUGUGUUUGCAUGUGUGUGUGCAAGACCUAACUGCCUCCCAUUACACAAGUACAAUGAUGCAGGCGAAGCAAAGUUACAGGAAACCAGGCAGAGGGCCUUCUGGGUAGUGGCGCCCACCCUGUGGAAUGCCCUUCCAUCAGAUGUCAAGGAAAUAAACAACUAUCCGAUUUUUAGAAGACAUCUGAAGGCAGCCCUGUUUAGGGAAGUUUUUAAUGACUGAUGUUUUAUUGUAUUUUAAAUAUUUUAUUGGAAGCCGCCCAGAGUGGCUGGGGAAACCCAGCCAGAUGGGCGGGGUAUAAAUAAUAUAUUUUUAUUUUAUUUUAUUUUAUUUUAUUAUUUUAUUUUAUUAUAUAAUGAGUUUCAAUUAUCAGCUUGGAUAGCUCAGUUGGUUAGAGUGUGGUCCUGAUAACACCAAAGUUGCAAGUUUGAUCACCGUAUGGUACAGCUGCAUAUUCCUGCAUUGCAGGAGGUUGGACUAGAUGAUCCUUAGGGUCCCUUCCAACUCUACAAUUCUAUGAUUCUAUGAAAAACCACUUUUCCAGAAAGUGGGCAAUCCCUUCAGGCAUUUGUAGCCCACAUGAUCCAUGGCCAUGCCAAGGGAUCAGCAACCAAGCAAUAAACUUCUCAGCACAUCCACACCAAGCACGCUUCCAACCACAAAGAUCAGAAUGGGGGCAGCAGCACAGACAGACACAGAUACUUCCCAAGGUGUCCCUCCAUCUUUGCAUUGGAAGAUCUGCCGCCAUGCCACACACAGAGUGAGAGCGAGAGCAAGAGAGCUCUCUGGUCCACAAAGUCCAGAAAAUCUACACAGCUAAGCACAGAUUUGGGCUCCAAGCAGCAACAAUGCGCCUUCCCUCACCAAUAAUGUUGAAAACCACCGUUCCAGAAAACAAGGACAUCUGUUUCACGGGUUACAAAAACCCAUUAAGGACCAUGGAAACCAUGAAAAUAAACUCAUGUGCUUUUUGUGGUUUACUUUGACUGGUUUUUGUUAAGUUAUCCUUACUUUUGGAGUAACUAUAAGGAAAACAGAAGUUUCAAGGAAUUGACCACACUGAUACUUCUGUGUUUCUGCAUGUUUUAGGAACUGCCUCAGAGGAAGGAACACUGCUUCCCUUGAGAGACUAAUUCACACUUUAGUAGAUUUCAGUGGCAGGAAGUUGUGACCACAGUUUAUCUUUCAUAUAUUUUACAUGAUCUCCACUGUGCUUAUGUAAAAUAUGCUAAAAGCAUUAGCCAAGGGGUGGGGGAUGCUUAGCCUACAAAUGGGGAAGGAAAAGAGCAGUUAAGAAGACAAGUUUAAAUAAAUUUGAAUGCAGAUUAUUUAUUUUAAGUAGAUGUUUCAUGCAGUAUAUUUUAAGCUGACAUUGAUUUAUUAAACAUGAAUAUAUAAGCAUAUAUAAUUCAUUUCAUGGGUAAGCAAAAAGGAUGCUAGAUAGGAAUUGCACAUUAAUUUAAAAACAAAGAAUUGCUAGACUUGUGCAAGCCAAUUCAUAUUCUAGAGCACACAAAAGGGGGAAAAAUCCAUAUGUACAUAAAUGUGCUUAUUCCUUAUUAAAAAGCCAAUACCCUGGUUCUCUUUUUGUUGGUGAGGCAGUGUCUAGAUCCAUAUUUGCCACUCAAAGCUCUAGCAAAAAGGGCCAAACUAGAUAUGACAUUACUUACACACUGGACUGGAACCUGGCUUAGGGUAGACCCAUUGAAAUAAAUGGUUUUCCAGGGUUUUAGAUAAAAGUCUUUUUCUGCCUUAUCUGGAGAUGCAAUGGCAAAUGCUCCACCAACUGACGUACUUCUCAAACAAUUUUUCAAGAUUUAAAAAGACAAUGCUCAACAAUUGCGAACAGCUUUUUUUUAAAAAAGGGGGUGGACAGUUUUAACAAGAAAAGAGCUCAACGAAAACAUUUUUUGUUCACCAUUAAUAUUAACAAGAUGUUUGUCUAAGACGGUUCUGGAUCAUUUGCUCUUCUGUGCGAUGACAACUCUCUUAGCUUCAGGCUACCUCUUUCACAGGCGAUUGAAGUGUGAAAGAAUAAAUCCUUAUUAUCCCAAAAAAUGGUUGAGACUUUAAUCAGACAAAAAUGUCGCGGUAAAGUGCAUGUUCCAUCUACUAACCAGAUGGAACAAGACGUUAAGCUGGCCUCAUGCUGCUGCCGUGUCUUCAAAAUGUAGGGAAUGUGCUUUAACAACAUAUACUUUCUUGAAAUGAGAAAUGCUGUAGCAUAUUAAAAACUGAUCCGCCCCCCCCCAUUUAUUCAGAAUCAAGUAAGCUUACAGACAUGUAUCCAACCCUGUGGUUUAUGACCAUGCACAAGGAAGCUGUUCCAUUCAUAGAAUGUUCCAAGUCAAAUGUCCAAAUCCAUGGUGGAAAGCCAUGGACAUACCUUCAAGACGUGGCAAGUUUAUGAGGCCCUGCUGACCUUCUUUGUGCCAUCAUUGUGAAUAUUUCAUAUCAUGGACAUGGCAAGUCCUUUUAGCCAAGAUUGCUACCUGUAGGCCAGAUUGGCGAGCAAGGACAGCAGUUAAUUCACAGUACAUUAAUGUAGCCCACCCUUGUAUCACUUGAGGUAGAAAUCCAUUAUCGGUAAGGCCAACUUUACGUACACAAGGGGACAGCCUGGCCACAAAACUAGGAGGAACCUGUUGUGGAGGAGCCUAGCAGACUGCUAGAGUGAAAAACAGUUCCAGAAAAGAUGCUCUGCAAGUAUGGAGGAAAAUUUGAGCUGGGUGACUGUGUGAAGGACUGUGGUUGGAUGAGAGAUGGUGGGGCAAUCAGGGGCAGAAGUUGGUUGGAGAGAAGGCGAAACAGCCCAGAUGAAGCCUUUUUUCCUAUAAAGCAUGUAUCUUAAAGGAAGGCUCUCGCAGACUCUUUGGACCUGCAAUGCAUUACUAAAUGAAAGUCUGACUAAUUGGGAAUCUGCUUGGAGCCUCCAUAGCGAAUCCCCAGAAUGAUUUUUCUUCCUUACACUCACAGUGAUAAAGGACAUUUGAAAAUAAAUAGAAUCUGGUUCAGGGAUGGGUUUAUUAAUUCCCUGAUUUUAAUUGUGCUGUUCUUUUUAAUUUUCUCCAUCUGGAGUACAAAGGACAAUCUUUCUGCUUAACUCUCUUCCACUGAAGUAAAAGGAGCUCAUUGAAUGUGACUUCAGUUGAAUCAUGUGCACAGGGCAUAUGUGUUAAAGGUAAUGUCUUUUCUUGAACUGGAUAUAAAAUGUCAACUUUUAUUGUCUUUGCUUUAUAGCAAGAAAACAAAAUGGGCAACGUCUUUCCCUUGACAGUAGGCUCAUUUGUACCACAUUUUCUGUUAAUAAAUAAGCAUUAAAUUGCUCAUUAGAAGGUAGACCUUGGAAGCUUAAAAUGGAAAAGUCAAUUGAAUUUAUGAUAUAUUUAAAUCAAGGCUGGUUAUAAUAGCAUGCUUGCAUGGAAAUGUGUAAAAUGUCCACCCUUUAGCUUGCUUGUCAGAAUCUUCAGGUUUUAAACAUCUCCUUAGCGCAAGAUAAUAAAAAUAUUAUAUUUAAUGUGAUCUCAGCGGCAGGGGGAAAAGGUUAUGAACCUUGCCAUCUGGUUAAUGACCUCAAUGGUUCCUAGCAAGUUAUUUAACUAACCAUUUAUUCAUUCUAAUUUAUUGUGCAAUUAAUGAGAGCUAAAACACAGCCAUGGGAUUCACAGUCCUAGAAAAAAUAGACAUAAAUUGUGGGCAGGUUUAAAGGGGCAUGACUUAUCGGACAAUCUUCUCAGUUCUCUCUGGGGAAUUGGUGUCUGCCCACACAUUUAUGAAUGGUGCUUGUGACACAGCGUUCCGCCACUUGUCCCUGGUUAGAGGCUAGUUCAAAAGCUCCUUGCUUUCCAGCUCUGAAGGCUUGCAGCAAGGAAGACUAUCUUGUUGCACCGCUCAGUAGCAGCUAAACACUUACCAAACUGGAGUUCCUGAAUCUUGUCAGGACAAUCAUGAAAAUCUUUUAAGAACAUAUGGAGAUCCUUGCUGAAUCAAACCACAGAAACCAGCCAGAUUCUAAGGGAAGCAUAAUACUGAUUUGCUGCCUACACACGGUCCUGUUUGUAACACAGUUAUUCUAAAUCAGGAAUCCUUCGUACUCAUCCUCAACAUGCUCUUUUCAGUGAAGAUUCUAGAUCCUGCCUUCCACAAGGUUGGGUGUGGUUACUUGAUAGUGUUAUGAGUUUUUUGGGAAACUUGCAAGAAGAUCAAACCUAUCCAUUCUGAAGGAAAUCAGCCCUGAGUGCUCACUGGAAGGACGGAUCGUGAAGCGGAGGCUCCAAUACUUUGGCCACCUCACGAGAAGAGAAGACUCCCUGGAAAAGACCCUGAUGUUGGGAAAGAUGGAGGGCACAAGGAGAAGGGGACGACAGAGGAUGAGAUGGUUGGACAGUGUUCUCGAAGCUACCAACAUGAGUUUGACCAAACUGUGGGAGGCAGUGGAAGACAGGAGUGCUUGGCGUGCUCUGGUCCAUGGGUCACGAAGAGUCGGACACGACUAAAUGACUAAACAACAACAACAAGGUUGUAUGCCUGGGCCCCCUUCUAAUUCCUAGAUCCAGAAGGGAUUCAAUACCUGGAAUAGUCGGGCUAGCUUCCUGGUGAGGUAAUUGCCCUCUAAAUAGGAGCCAUUAAGGUAACAAAGUGUCUCUGUGCCAGAUAGCAAAUGGGUGGGCACCCUUCCCUCAUCUCACUGGUUAGUUAGAAAGUUGAGGCCAGAGUGGAGAGUUGAGUUACAUGAGCUAGAAGGUAGAAGAUGGCAGGUUGCAAGCUAGGCAGCUGGGAGAAGAGCUAUGCCUGAUUUCUGUCGGAAUCCAAGGCUAUGGCAAAGGGAGAAGCAAGACCCUCUUGGCAUGUUAAUGUUGUGCACCCCUCCAUUGUAGGAUCAGAUUGCAUACGUGUGUAAAUAAACCAUAUAUCCUAAAGACCCCACAGUCUCCUCUGUACCUCAUUCGAAAGGAAAUAUGAUCCCUGGGAUCUCCUGGAACCCCUGGAAUCUCACAUUGCUGAGAUUGGGGUGGUGUGCAGCAAAAUGCAUUUGGAAGCCCUAUGUUUGAGUAGGCUUUCCAUGCCUUUUCCUCCCUCCUCAUGCCCCGGAAAGAAGGAAGUGGUGAUUGCGAUCUUGAUAGAUGCCCAUUCAGAACAUCGUUGCGCAGGUGUGGAUAUACCCCAUUGCCAGGAUUGUCUGCUUCCGUUUUCAUCUGUUUCAACUGGAUACACUGUGGAGCAAUGUAGAAUCAAUCAAUGAGCAUUUAUUUUAGAAUGGAAUCAGUUUCUCAAGAAGCGCUGUCCGGGGGUGGGGAUGGGGAUGGGGAUGUGAAAUGCAUCUAGAUUGUGUGCAGACUAUGAAGAGAAACAAUUGAUUCUGGAAUAAAAUGAGGAGGAAUGAAAUUUAGUGGACUGAAAGGGAGAAGGGAGAAACACAGACAUAGAUACAAAUACUUAGACCAAGACAUUUCAUUGCUUGAAUAGAUCAUUUCCUAGUUCACACAGUCUUCCAAAAAUUUCCUGCCCGUAGCCAUCAAAGGAGACACCUGAGAUUCCAAUGUACCUGGAACUGGGCAAAAGUAUGUGCUUUAGUUGACAUUCCUGCAUUAUAUGGGGUUGGACUAGAUCAGGCAUAGGCAAACCCGGCCCUCCAGAUUUUGGAACUACAACUCCCAUCAUCCUUAGCAAACAGGACCAGUGGUCAGGGAUGAUGAUGGGAGUUGUAGUUCCAAAACAUCUGGAGGGCCAAGUUUGCCUAUGCCUGGACUAGAUGAUGCUUGGGGUCACUUCCAACUCUACAGUUCUAUGAUUCUCUAUGUACCUCACUCGUGUCCAAACCUGAGUGUUUAUUUAUUUUUAUUUGUAUACUGUGUGUGUAUCUAUAUCUAGCAUAUGUACAUUUAUUUACAGUUUGAUCAUUAGCAUUUAUGGUGUAGAUAAAAAUAAAACAUACAGAGCAUAAAACAAAGUCAUACUAAAACUUAAAAUGGAUUGAAAACACCAAAUGGGGGGAGGGAACAGCCCAGUGGGAACUGAGCAUGCUCAGUGGUUAUUGACUGGGGGUGGCGGGGGGGGAGGGAGAGAGAGAGAGAGAGAGAGAGAGAGAGAAGGAAAAGGGAAUGAAAUGAAGCAGGGACCCUGAACAGAAGCUCUCCUAUCUGCAACAUUUUGUUGCAGGGUCAUGCUUGCACAUUCCUAAUUGCAUUUGACCACAUUGGACUCCCAAAAGUAGAAACAUGACCUCCGAGAUUUAAGAUGCACUUGUGGUCCAUUUUCUUUAUGGUCCUGUUAAUUAGUUAAUUUGUCAGAAAUAAAUAAGAUACAAUUAGCGUGAUACUUUGAUAUUUUACUUCUAACGACAGGAAGACGAUUACCUUCAAAAAUAAUAAGACUUAAAUCUCAGUAAGGAUCUAAAUUAUACUUGUUGAGUUGUGAAGAAAAAGCAAAUUCAUUUAAUCCCUAUUUGCAUGUGCCAAUUAGCUAAGUAUUAAUCAAUCUUCUAUAUAAAUGGAAAUGAGGAUACUAAGCCCUCUUUGGUAAGAUAAUGUUUUUCAUUAACACGCGUACAACCUCCUAACACUUUAAUGUAGAAAAAUAAUCUCUUUGCUGCGCACUAAAAAGCCCAAGCGAAUGGACCACAACAUCCACCCAAAGUCAUUUAGGAACAUUUCAACAUGUCUGUUUCAACUAUAACUAGCCUGGGAUUAAAUCACAGAAAUUGGAGAUAAGUAAAGAGAGAUGAACUAGGAAUCUCAGAGAAAGGUAUAGAAAAUGUAUGUAUCUAUAAAUUGACUGUAUUUUAGGUAACCAUACAUCAAGGGGAGCUUAAAUGAAAAAUGACGGCUAACAGCCUUAUCUCCUUUGUUAUAUAUUUAUGUAAUCCAUCCUAAAUUUCUUAAUAUCCAAUGUAUGUUAAAUCUAAUAUUCAAUUACAGUGGUACCUCAGUUUACAAACUUAAUUCGUUCCGGAAGUCCGUUCUUAAACCGAAACCGUUCUUAAACCAAGGCGCACUUUCCCUAAUGAGGCCUCCUGCCACUGGUGUCCUUCCACCGUCCGGCUUCCGUUCUUAAACCAAGGUAAAGUUCACAAACCAAGACACUUCUUCCGGUUUUGCAGAGUUCGUAAACCGAAUUGUUCGUAAACAGGGCUGUUCUUAAACCAAGGUACCACUGUAUUUAAUGUAUUGUAAUGCAUUGUAAUAUGCUUAUGAUUUUUUUUCUAGAAAAGGAGGGGUACUGAGGUGAUUGACAACCAAAAAAUUAUCGUUCUGGAAACUGGUUCUUGUUUCAGCCUUAGUUUUUAAAUAUUUUAAGGAACACUUCUGAUUUUUUCAAAAAGGUGUGAUUCUGUAUCCAUGUGUACUAGGAACUUGUUAAUUGUUCCCGUGACCUAGAGCUCUGGUCUUCAGCUGGUGGGUUGGUACCCAGUAGGUUGCAGCCUUAUUAUUAUUAUUAUUAUUAUUAUUAUUAUUAUUACCACCCAAGAAAUGAGUCCCCAAAUGCAUGUUUGCAUUUAAAGUGGUAAGAGCUUUCUUACCGGAAAAAGGCAUUUUUUAUUAAAUUAGCAGAGCAUAUUUCCAUUAUAUGAAUUUCUGAAAGAUCUAUCGUAUACUGCCAAACUAUAUGGGACUUGCAAGAUCCGAGAUUAGACCUCUUAGUGUAUUUUGCAAAACACAAACAUCUGCUUUAGUGAAUACAAUACAGCAGUCAAAAGAAUGUCUGAAAGUCUCUCUCUCUCUCUCUCUCUCUCUCUCUCUCUCUCUCUCUCAUGUGUGCAUGCACACACACAGGCACACAAGGCAGCAAGAUUAACACUUGUAUUAUCCUGUUACCUGCACCAUUUUUAAAGGGAAGGCAUUCAAACACUGCAGAUUUGUUCCAAUCAUAGAAUCAUAGAAUCAUAGAGUUGGAAGAGACCACAAGGGCCAUCGAGUCCAACCCCCUGCCAAGCAGGAAACACCAUCAGAGCACUCCUGACAUAUGGUUGUCAAGCCUCUGCUUAAAGACCUCCAAAGAAGGAGACUCCACCACACACCUUGGCAGCAAAUUCCACUGUCGAACAGCUCUUACUGUCAGGAAGUUCUUCCUAAUGUUUAGGUGGAAUCUUCUUUCUUGUAGUUUGGACCCAUUGCUCCGUGUCCGCUUCUCUGGAGCAGCAGAAAACAACCUUUCUCCCUCCUCUAUGUGACAUCCUUUUAUAUAUUUGAACAUGGCUAUCAUAUCACCCCUUAACCUCCUCUUCUCCAGGCUAAACAUGCCCAGCUCCCUUAGGUGUUCCUCAUAAGGCAUCGUUUCCAGGCCUUUGACCAUUUUGGUUGCCCUCCUCUGGACACAUUCCAGUUUGUCAGUGUCCUUCUUGAACUGUGGUGCCCAGAACUGGACACAGUGCUCCAGGUGAGGUCUGACCAGAGCAGAAUACAGUGGCACUAUUACUUCCCUUGAUCUAGAUGCUAUACUCCUAUUGAUGCAGCCCAGAAUUGCAUUGGCUUUUUAGCUGCCACGUCACACUGUUGGCUCAUGUCAAGUUUGUGGUCAACCAAGACUCCUAGAUCCUUUUCACAUGUACUGCUCUCAAGCCAGGUGUCACCCAUCUUGUAUUUGUGCCUCUCAUUUUUUUUUGCCCAAGUGCAAUACUUUACAUUUCUCCCUGUUAAAAUUCAUCUUGUUUGUUUUGGCCCAGUUCUCCAAUCAGGGCUGUCUUAAGCAUAUGUGCAAAGAUCUGUCUGCACCCCCCCGGUUGCCCAGUCCCAAGCGCGCAGGAGGGUGGAGCCAGUCAGCCGCCUCAGCGUCUCACUGGCUCGUUCACUCCUGAACUCAUGGCGCAGAGUGGCCCGCAGCAGAAGAGCCCGUCGCGGUGCUCUGACUGACAGGUGGGCUCUUCUCCGGACUCAACUCUUGGGCCUCGAACUCUCGGCCUGGUGCCCCUGAGAGCCCGGCGCCUGGGUGCCCCGCACCCCUAGCGCCUAUGGGUAAGACGGCCCUGGUUCCAAUCCCAGCUGGUAAAAAGGAACAUAUGAAUAACCAUGUGUUCCAUGAUUAUUACAUGCCAGCCAGCUCGUAUGCAUGUUUCUAAAGUAAUACGGUCCUCAUGUGGUUGAUCUGGAUGUUCUCAUGCUGACCAUCCCUUUUUUGUUUGAGAAAGCUUGGCUUGAAAUUGCUCAUCCUCUGCCCAUCAAAGCAAAGAGACUGGCAAUUCCACUGGGGAGAGAGGUCAGUUCCCUAGAUAUUGUUCACACAUCCUUGCGAGGGUAGGCCUUGCUCAAUCGGAGAGCUUUAGACAGAGGGGAUUUUCAAGAAAAAACUGCAGAAAAUAUUGGCGAGAUCCGCUUACGUGUUAUUUAGAUGGAGCAUAAGGAAAUGGUUCAUAAAAGUUUUUAAAUUAAUGUUACCCUUGCUAUCUUUUAAUGUUAGAAAACUAAUUAGCAUUUCAUAGCAUGAGAUUAGAGUGCUGUAAACAGAAGAAUAAAUCUAAGCUUAACAGUAAUGGUGAGCACUCUAACUGAGCUCUUUUCCUCUCACACUGUUGAAUGCUCCAGCGGAAAAUGAAUGGCGGUUCGGUUUUAACAAAUGGUUUGCAAUUUGUUUGUUGGCUCUGCACCAGCUACAUGCACCCAUUCAAAAUGAUUAUUAAUAUUUAAAAUAUUAAGGGGCUUGGUUGCACCUUUAAUAAAUAUUUUCUUUACGAGCUCCCUGAGAGACGCAAUAUAUUUCAGCUCCCCCAGGACUGGCAGGUAAAGUCCGCAAUGUAGACGGGGCCUUUAAUGCAUACACAUUCGUGACUAAUGACCGUGGGCUUGGAGGCAGGUACUAAAUCUACUUUAUUGUGGUCAGUAAAAUUGUGUUGGAAGGUAAACCUCAACUAAUUGCUUCUAUCUGUUCAUUCUGAAAGCAAAACUGGAACUUUUAGAGUUAGACAGGGAAUCCUUUUUUAGCCCAUACUCUUUGCUGAGACCCUCCAGGGCCAUUGCUGGGCAGGACCAGAGGCAAAAGUGAGAAAAGCUUUGCACAGUAGACUACUUUCUAUACACAUUCUCUCACACUCUCCUCUCUAUCCUCCAUCCAGGUGAGCAAGUAGCAUAAUCAGAGUUCAUAGAAUCAUAGAAUUGUAGAGUUGGAAAGGACCCUGAGGCCCAUCUAGUCCAACCCCCUGCAAUGAAAGAAUCUCAACUAAAGCAUCAGUGACAGAAGGCCAUCCAACAUCUGCUUAAAAAUUUCCAAGGAAGGAGAGUCCACCACCUUCCAAGGGAGUCCGUUCCACUUACAGCCCUCAGAGUCCCUUCCAAUUCUACAAUUCUAUUAUUCAGUCCUUGGUACCUUCUACAAAAGUCUACAUGUUUGCUAUGGUGGAUUUCAGCUCUCAUUUCCAGGGUCAUGAGAUGUUUCAGAGCCUUCUGCUUUGCUGCGUUCUUCUUUUCUACUGUACAGUAGAAUUUAUAUGGUGACUUCCCAGGCUGAGCACCAAGUGAAACGGUAACUAUCGCGACCUGGACCACUUCCUUUCCUACUGGUUUUUCUCCGGGAUUAUCAACUGAGAUAAGGGGAAGCUCCUGUUCCUUAGAAUAGAUCAGAAGUAACCAAUAUGUCCCCUCAAAAUAUUGUUGGACUCAGCAUCCCAUCAGCCCCAGCCAGCAUGGUCAGGGAUGAUGGGAGUAGUAGUCAGCAAUAUCUGGAAGUUGCCUCAUUGGCUACUCUUUUCCUCCUCCUCCUCCUCCAAAUGUACAGAUAAGCCAAGAAGAACAUAAGAAGAGCCUGUUGGAUCAAGCCAUCAUCCUGUUCCCACAGUGGCCAACCAGAUGCCUAUAGGAAACCAGCAAUGACUUCUUGAAUAGAAAUCUAUGUGGAAUUCAACCUUGUGAAUAGGCUCAACAUACCUUCAGCAGCUUUUCUGCCUCCCAUUUGCUGCACCAUAUGACCUAGAGCGCAGGUGGCCAAUGUGAUGUCUUCCAAAUGUUGUUGUCCUACAGCUUCCUUGAUUCCUUACCAUUGGCCAUGCUGGAUGAAUCCAAUGGAGGCUACAAUCCAACCAUAUAUUGAGAGUACCGUAUGGGUCCCCCUUUAACUAGACUUAACCAUCCAGGGGUCCUUUACCUAACUUUUUACCUGUGGGUCACCCCAGUCUAAAGGCAGCUAAGCCUGAAAAAAGUUCUUCACGGUAUUAGGCUCCUAGUAGGGAAAAUGGGGCCUUUUCAAUGCUGUGCUUUAAAAAGUGUUUCUAGUCCAAAGAGAAGAGAGAGAGAGAAAUAGCAGCAGCAAGCUUAAGAACAGAUAACAUACCUCUCUUGUGUGUGAUAUGUUGAGCUUUUUCUGUCCUAAGGCAUAAAAGCCUUUCUAAAUAACUAUACAUAAAUCCUCAGACCAGACCACAUUAUCUUCAAAACACAUUUGCUAUUCCAAAAUGUCACGAAAUUGCAAAGUUCCUAUCAGAAAACCCAGGGUGGCAUACAGAAAGGAGGCUUUAAGUGGUGUCAUUUCCUCUGUGCUUUUGCAGCGAGCAUCUCUUGAAUCUGAGCACCUGCAUUUUAAAAAAAUUGUCGCUGGAGAUAGGAUGGGAUGCAGUGGGCCUCUUGUUUAGAUUAACUGGAUAAAAGUACCACUUUGGAAUCCAUCUGUACUUUUUGCUGAAGUAAGUUGAGCUUGUCAGAGGCAUUUUCUAAAGCAAGAAAAUGUUUUAAGUACCUAAGUCAGGGGCCUGAUCCUUUCCCAAUCACUGUUUCUUUGUUUCUAAAAAAAACAGCCUUCAAACAUUCACAAGUGACAUAAGUAUAUGUUUUGUAAGGAACAUGGAAGAAAAGGCAUAGACAACCUAAUCAAGAAGAGGGAUUUCAAAUGAGUACCAAAUAACUAUUUAUUUAUUUAUUUAUUUAUUUAUUUAAGUCGUACCUUGGAAGUCAAACAGCCUAGUUCUCAAAUGUUUUGGCUUCUGGACGACUGAAAUCCGCUACAAGAGGUUCCUACAGCCAAUCAGAAGCUGCUCUUUGGUUUGCGAACGUUUUGGAAGUUGAAUGGACUUCUGGAACGGAUUCUGUUCGACUUCCAAGGUACGACUGUAUUAUUAUUAGCUAAAAACAAAUUAGAGUGCAUGCAGCCAUAGCAGGACAGGGAAACCUAUAGCCCUCCAGAUGUCACUGAACUCCAUCUCUUAUCAUCCCUGACCAUUAGUCAAGCUGGCUGGGACUGAUAGGAGAUGGAGUGCAACAACAUUUGGUGGGGCCAUCGUUUUCUUAUCCCCAAUCUACAUUUUUGCACUACAAACAGGUGAGUGUUUACAUAGGCUAUGUGUGUAUAUCUAGAUCUAAACACACACAUAUACAUAUUCAGAAAAGUAUUGCAUGCUUUUGAACUACAUGUAAGCCUUUCUUCUUAAGCUCUUGGGUUCACUCUGCACUGGCACCUAGUUUUCAAAUAUUUAAAUAGAAGGUAUUCCAUGUAAAUUCUGCUUUUUAAGUUCAAACCCAUAAUCCUGGCCUUUGCAUAGUGAGAUAAAGCUUGUCGACUCUUGCUAUGGGCCCAUUUACUUAUUUAUGCCACUGCGGCCAGGCUGACAAAGGAAGCAGCCCACAACAUCCUGCCAAAGCACUUAUAAACAUUUGACAAUGAACACCAUUCUUUGACUAUUAUUAGGGACUUGCAUUCUUGGAUAGGACAACCCAAAGAAUAAAAUCCACUUUGACCUGUCAAGACUUAUUUGGCUUCUCUAUAGUAUGACUGAAUUUGCCUGCCUUUCAGUGUACAGCUUCCGUGCAUAUUUCAGCAGGGUAUUUAAAAUCCUAUUAUACAACCUCAUUCUUGGGAAUGGUGUGUGGUUUGACAGCUCCAUCCUCAUCAUGCAGAGAAAUUACAUCUGGAUGGCUAGAGCUUUUGCUGUAUAGUUUCAAAAAAAAAGGGCAGGGAAUAGUAAACAUUUAUCAGUUUAGAUUUAUUUGCUAGUACUGAGUGUUCUGACGAAUUGAGACCAGUGCUUCUUAAUUAUACCCUGCCCCCGUUUUAAACAAAACUUGUGUUAAUAACAUCAUACAGCAUAUGGUGUGUAUUCUAUCUUUUUACAAGUUAUCAGCUUAGCAUCAGCAAGAGCAUUCAGCGAGCGGGGGGAACCUCCACAGAAAAGUCUUCUAUUUUUCCCUAAGAUAAUCUGAUUCCAUAAACAGUUACUUGAAAAUCUGUCAACAGAUUGAAAAUGACAUUUUAAUUACAACAGAAGUCGAGGAGUACUCCUUGCAACAGCUUUGCAGCCUUUCAAUUAUUAUUUCAAGCUCUUUUGUAUCUGAUUACUUGAACCAUUUGUAAGCUUUCUUAACCUAAAGCGAUUAGAGAACACAAAUAUAUGUGGGCAAUUUUACUCAGCAGCAUAAACCAGCUGAAUGCAAUUGAAUUACUCGUGCAUUUGUAGGUGUUCAUGUUUGUGGUCCUUAGCUACUUAUGGCAUGAUUAUCUGGCUUUCCUAAUUAUCAUUGCCCUUAUUAUCAGUGAUGAACAUUAUUAUCCCAUUCUUACAGUCAGCAUGAUGAAGUAUAAUAAAAAUAGUGUCUGAGAUUUGGGAUAUGCUAGAUUAGUCAUAUUCUGAUUUGAUCAGACCUGUAGCCCUAGCUCAGACCUCCAGCCAGGUUUCACAUGGUCAGUAGUUUGUUUAAUUCUACAGACCUCCAAACUUACCAUGCCAUUUCUCAGACUUCUCAUGAAACUCCUCCCAGUAACAAUGGUGAUUUGCCAGAUGGUAUGGAAAAUUAGUGAUCAGUAAACAAACAGAAGCCCCAAACCCCUUUGGACAAAUGUAGUUUGAUGGAUUCUGGUCUUUAUGUAUUUGUUAUUACAUUUAUAUAUCACCUUUAUUCCUCAAAUCUCAAGGUGGUGCAGAUAGUUUUUCUGUACCCCAUUUUAUCCUCCCAGCUAUCCAGGGUCACUCCAUGGGUUUAAUGACUGAGUGGAGAUUUGAACCUGGGUUCCCCAGAUCCAGGUCACAUACUCCUAACCACUACAGUGUUACAUACGCUUCAGGUUGCAUACGCUUCAGGUUACAGACUCCACUAACCCAGAAAUAGUGCUUCAGGUUAAGAACUUUGCUUCAGGAUGAGAACACUUCCCACACUUUUAGCUUAUAAAAUAACUCAUAAGUAUUCUGUAAACUAAAUUGCUCACUGAAGUGAAGGCACAAAGCCAGUGGAUUUUUUUGAUAAGAAUACAUAAACACACACCCCACCAGAAAAUCUCUUCAAAGCAUCAGAGUCAAAAAAAUCAAUUGGUAAAAAAUUGCUAGCAUUUGCAAAUCCAAGUCUUAGGCUGAGUAAGGCAGCAGCUGUUACUUUAUCAAAACUUUGAAUGGCAAUGGGAAAAAAUAAAGUUUGUGCAAAAUCUUGUGUGUUGGAUACUGCUGUCAAAAUUCUGUAUUUUGAAUAAAUGUGUGUUUGGUUUAAUAAUAUUUCAGAAUCUUUCGUUUAGGAAAAAUUACUCCUCCCUUUUUCUGCACUCCCUGAGGGUACUUGUAGCAAAGAAACAAAGAGUGAACUUAAUAACUUCCACCUGAAUGAACAAUACUAUAAAGAGAGAUUUCAUCUUUAAGCUUCCAGAACCAAAGGAGGCUAAUUUUUAUAAGUCCCAAAUGCUUAUAUUUUCCACCUGGAUUAGGUUGUUGCAGAAAGAUAAAAUACACACAUACAAUAGCUUUAUUUCCUUAAAAAAUAACCCCUAAAAUUAUGAUAAUGAUUAAAAAACAAGAAUAAUCUAAAUCAGCCUUCACCAAAUUGGUGCCAUCCAGAUGUUUAGGACUAUAGCUCCCAUUAGGCCCAGCCAGCUGAUAUUCAUAACAUCAAGAAGGCACCAGGUUGAUGAAGACUGAUCUAUGUACUGGGGCUUCUUCAGAAAAAUGACAGCUAUUUCCAGCAGUAGAUGUGUAAAAGCAAAUGCAGAUCCAGCAGUGAGUUGGGGGGGGGGCACAUCUAUUUCUGUGAUCAUUCUUGUUCCUCUUGUGCUUCCAAAUUGAGGGCUAAAAAAAGGCUAAUGAAACAAAUAGUUUGGGAAACCCUGGAAGACAUUGUUGUAAGAAAAACAUGAAGUAGAAUUUGCUUGCCUUGUAGAUGCACACACUGACUCUACCACACCACAGCUGAACUUAAGGAAGCUUCUUUCAAGCCCAUCGUGUUCCAGAACUGGUCAGCUAAGGUGAAUAUGCACAUGGAGGAGAGGGACAGUACAUUAUCUGACAUAUUGUGGAAUGCACAAAAAACCAGUUUAAGGAGGAUCUCUCUCUAUCUCUUUACUUUAGCUGUAAGCUGCCUUGAGUCCCUGUUAGAGAUAUAAAGAAAUAUAAUUCAGCUGCUGACUUCACCCCCGAAGGCACACUCUUCCAUUGUCUCCCAAGACAGACGGACGCCAACCAAUAAUAAUAGUCCGGCAUCCUGUGUCCCAGCUCAAAACUUCCAGAAUAUCAGCAAGCAGAGCAUGCAAGCAAGCUGGAUAAGCAACUUGUGCUCAACUGUCCUUGAACAAGGAGAUUCCAUUUAGUGAUCAUGACUAAUAGCCCAUGAUAGUUGACUUGCUCCAUCUAAUCAUCCUUUAAAGCCAACCGAGCCAUGACCAUCACCAAAUCUUGUGCUAGUGAGCUACAUAAGGCAAUUAGGCAUUCCAUAAAGUAGUAUUUCCGUUUGUCUGUCUUGAACCUACCAUCAAUAUCAUUGGUUGACUCAUAGUGUUAUGGGAUAGGAGAAAAACUGCUAUUUGUUCUCUUUCUCUACAUCAUGCAUUGUUUUACAAAUCACCCUUAUGUUUCUUCUCAGUCGUUUUCUUGAACUAAAAAGCUUCAGAUCCAUUCUUAGUUGUGCUUAGACUCACAGAAACGAGCCAUGAUUAACUUGACUCUCAUUGAAUUUGGCAGAUCUUCUCUAAGAGUGACUAACUUUGGAUCCAACCCUAAACAUUUUAGCUCCUCCCCACAAAGAAGGUAUUCUAGCCUCACAAUUACUUUGACUGCCUCUUUCUGCACAUUUCCCAGCUCUAUAGUGACCCUUUUUCCUUAGAUUUGGUGAACCAAAAAAAUGUACAGUAGUCUGAAUGCACAUGCACAAUAGCUCAGAGCAGAAUCCUUUGGAUCACGGUCCAUAUGAAUACAUUUAAGUAGCAUAGGACAUGCAUAGGACUGACCUCUGGGAGUGAUAACUGCAGCAUUUGCAAAGAUUUAACCUUUGCUAUGUGUGUCAUAAAACUGAAUUACCAUAUUGUAUAUAAGGGACUAGAAGGGAUGCGGGUGGCACUGUGGGUUAAACCGCAGAGCCUAGGACUUGCUGAUCAGAAGGUUGGCGGUUCGAAUCCCCGCGAUGGGGUGAGCUCCCGUUGCUUGGUCCCUGCUCCUGCCAAUCUAGCAGUUUGAAAGCACGUCAAAGUGCAAGUAGAUAAAUAGGUACUGCUCUGGCGGGAAGGUAAACGGUGUUUCCGUGCGCUGCUCUGGUUUGCCAGAAGCGGCUUACUCAUGCUGGCCACAUGACCCGGAAGCUGUACGCUGGCUCCCUUGGCCAAUAAAGCGAGAUGAGCACUGCAACCCCAGAGUCGGUCACGACUGGACCUAAUGGUCAGGGGUCCCUUUAAUUUACCUAUAUAAGGGACUAAGUAUACAACAACCAAAUACAAAACAACAACAACAACAACAACAACAACAGUUCAUUUGGGGAGGCUUCCUAGUUUAGGAAAAAAGUGAGUUGGGGGCAUGAUGAAGGUCAUAACAUUAAACAUAGUGUAGAGAGAGCAAAUAGAAGCAUUUCUCCCUCUCCUAGACUGCAAGAAAUAGCAGCAGCAUCUAAUGAACCUGAAUAGAGAGGAGGUUUUGGACAGGAGACACAGUGCAUUCUGAACAUAUGGAAUUUGCUACCAAUAGGCAUGGAUCACCGGCUUAGAUGUUUUGAAAAGAUUAGACAGACCCAUUGAAUUCAUGGAAGAUAAGUCUCUCCACAUCUACUAGUCAUGAUGGUUAUGCACUACCUCCUAGGGGGAAAAUUGUUCACUUUUCAUUUUAAUGCAAACCUACCUAAUUUGCACUUCUUGGACCAAUAUAUGAACCAAAAAUACAACUUUUCUCCAAAAGGCACACUUAAUUUGACUUGUGCAAUGUGGUUGCCAAUCAAAGGUUCCAUAGAAAAAUAAUUAUAUUAGAAAAAAUAAAUUAUGUUACGUACAUAUAUUAGAGAAGAGUGAGCAUAAGAUGCGUUUAUUACUGAAAACAAUGCAUAAACAUGCUUUAUAUUAGGGUGAAUUGCUUACAAAAUUGUAUAUUAGGUCAAAUGCACACAAACAUGCAUACAUAAGAAGUGUAUUAAUUCUAGUCCUUUACCUAUCCUGAUCUAUGCAUCACGUUUUGAUGGUAAAGGCUGCCGGGUGAGUCAACACAAUUUCUUCCUCACCUUGAGAGUGCUGAGGAAAUGUGAUCUCCUGAUUUCAAAAUGUUUAGGGAUGUGGUAUUUUCAAGUAUUAUCAGCAUUCCUGUCAGCGGUGAUCUUGUCUCUACAACAAAGUGGAGAUGCACCUUAAUAGUGUCUCUUCUUUGUGUGGUCAGACAGAGGGGGAAAGAUCCACAUUUUAUCCUCUUGGCAAUGACAAUCACAUUUGAGGCCAAGUUAUUGCUUAAAGGAUAUUAAUGGUGAUCCACCACCAGUUGCUAGUGAUGUGGUGGAUUUUUGCUGCUAUCUCAGCAGUGAAAUGUAACACUGCUGGCCAAGGAAACAUGGCAAGAAAUGUGUAGAACCUGGGCAUGCCUUUCAUGGGCUCAGCCAUGCUGCUCUUCUGUACAAUUCCCACUGGGAGCAAUGGAAUGUCAUCAAGCUCCUUCACCUGCAAGUGGACCUUUUGUUAAUUCAAUGUAUGUAUAUACUCGUUGCUCAGGCUGUAGGUGGCUGGGUGCACAGUUUCAGAGGUUUAAAGAGGGGGAAAUGGAGCUCUCCCUUUGGAAAUGUUCACCAUCUCUUUUUCUUUUAACAACCCUGAACAAUUAAUUUGGUGUCGUUAGUAAACUUGGCCACAUCACUGCUCACCCCUAACUGUAAAGGGUUUAUGAUGAAGUUAAACAGCACAGAUUGACAGAUUACGCAAAACGAUCUCCUCUGAUUGACACAUGGGCAGAGUUUGUGGAAAUGCAGGAGCCUGGAAUUAGGCUUGUGGGUCAGAAGUUCCAGACUGAAUAGGAAUUUCUUGGACCUUACUUUCCUGGCAGAGUUUGAGUUCCAAAAGAGAUCAGGGUAGUUAAUGUCUCCCAUAAGUACUAUAUCUCUCCUUGUUGAAUCUUUGGUAAUCUACUCUAGGAAGGCAUCACCUAAAUCCUCCGUCUGAAUACACUCUCUGAAUACACAUUGCCAUCUUAAAAUGCAGCUAGGGUAUUCUUCUUCUCAAUUUGGAUUGAAGUUGGUUUUGUGGGAAAUGCAUCAAAAUAUUUCAGAAGAAAUUACAGGAUAGAUAUGAAUUGUGGCUAACACCAUAUGUGCACCACUUUCCACCACUGGAUGCAGACUAAAUGGGAGUGCGCACACAACCACAGCAGUUUGGAUACAACUACUGGGUUGGAUCUAUUCCAGGAGUUCUAGAAACUGUAACUCUGAGAGUGGGAUAAGUGUCUCCUAACAACUUGCAGUACCCUUCACAAACUACAGCUCCCAGGAUUACUUGAGGGAAGCCAUGUCUGUUUAAUGUAGUAUCAGAGUGCUUUAAAUAUAUGGUGUGAAUGUAGCCUAAAUCAUGCUCAGAUCAGACCCAUUGAAAUAAAUGGAAUUAGAUUAGAUUAGAUUUCAGUAGGUCUACUCUGAGUGUAGCUUAGUUGGAUACAACCCACUGUCUCCUCUGACUUUCCAGUAAUCUAGGUUUAAUAUGGUAAAAAGACUCAACAAAGAAAACGUUUUCUUGAACCGAAGGAAAAGAUGCUUAUUGAGAAUUUAAAUGCUGCAGAAGACACCACAGUGUUAGCUAAAUAUCUCAAAUAAAGUUGAAUGGAGUCCAAGUGAUGCAUCCUGUCAUAGACUGAAGUGUAAUCUAAACUUUAUUUUGUCAAGAAAUGAGAGAUAAUCUAUAUCUAAUCUCUGUCUCAUUUGUAAUAGGAAUUGGCCAUUGCUGUUGGUCAACCAGCUUCAAAUGUUCUCCUUUCCUAUUUGGAAGCACUGAGAAGAAUGUUUACUGGCUGGCAAUUUCUUUCUCAUGUGCUGUUUUAUUGUUAAGGAAUCUCAGCGCUGUAACCUCAAUAUUUGGCUAGGUUGACCCAUAGGGCUUUUAUAACCUUUUUGUCAACUUAACUGCCAGUCACAAAACUGAAGGCAAUUACUCUUCAGAGAUGAAGUAGACCUUUCCUCCAGCUUUGAAGGCAAGAAAACAGCCUCAGGUAUUUAGGUAACUGCUUGAACUUUUCUAAUUGGUACAAACUGUCUGUAAUAAUUCCAGUUUGCCUUGGACUGCCACCCAACAGCUCUGCUAUUUUAAGUUAAUACACUUAUCAUGAUGUUAUUCAGUGAUAUACGAUAUCAGCAGCUCACUCAGAUUCUGAGACAGACAUCUCUCUAGGCCAUUGCUCUUUAAAGUACAUGCUAAUAAAAUAACUCUUCAUUGAUCCAUGUAAAGUUUCCAUCAUGCACUGGAAUACCGAGCAUGGAACAUUGGUUUCUUAAAUGCAACUGAAGUUUAUGUGAUGAAAUAUAGAUGGUUUCAACAUAAAAUUGAAUUCCAUUUUUGAACAGAAAAGGCAUACAAAGAUAAUACAGCUUGAUAUGCAGCCAGCUGGUGUCAUUGUGCUUUUAACACCAUAUUCUCAAUAGGAAAACAGGAAGCUGUCCCAUAUGGAAUCAGACCACUGGUUCAGUCAUACCUGUACAGGUGAUUGAACCUGACUUCUUCUGCAUGCACAGCAGAUUCUCUGCCACUGAGCUGCAGUCCUCCAGUUCAGAGGAGAUGAACCUUCUAUAAGAGAAGCCUCUUUAAAAGGAGCGAGCCUGCUUUUAUGGAUAAAUUUAAGAUUCUAAUGCACACAAUGAGAUCAAAGGCAGAUCCCCACUAUAUAUUAAAAGCAUAUUCAAUGCACAUUUAAAGGACACAACACCCUCCAAAGAAUGCUGGGACCUGUAGUUUUCUCGGCACAGUGCUACCAGUUCCAACGACCAUUUCCACCACUAUACAAACUAUAGUUCACAGGAUUAUUUGAGGGAAGUCGUGUUCUUUAAAUGUGCAUUGACUAUGCUUUAGAUGUAUGGUGUGGGCCUGUAUUUCUGUUUCUUUCGUCCAAGGUAUCCAGCGAGAAGUAAGAUCCCCAAACAAGCAGAGUACAAAGAGAGUCCACAGUGACUUACUUACUUAUUCAAACAAACAAACAAACAAACAGUAAAAUGCAUUAAGAGCCAUCAGACUCUACAUAUUGCACAUUUGACAGAUAAAUACAUCAUUAAUUUAAUUUUAUAUGACAUUAUUUUUUGUGAUGCUGCUGUUUCUCAGAAUUUGUCCCUCUGUAAACUGAAUCAAGAAUGGCCAUAAUUCUCAAAUAUAUCUCGAGCUCUGACUUCACCAAGCUUUAAUAUUUUUGUAUUUCAAACUAAGACUGAUUGCAAGUUAAUUUGUAUUUUCUGUGCAGGCACAAUCUGCAUCCAGGAGAGGGGAAGUAUCAGAAAACUUACAGCAUAUCCAGUAUAUAACAUCUUGAUUUAUAGGCAUCCUUUUUAGGGCAUAACACUCAUGAGGUAGCUUACAUAAUCAUAAAUUGCAUAUACAAACAAUAAAAGGCAACAAAAUGAAAGAACGAAAUUUUUCAAAACAUAUAAACCAGCUGAUUAAGAACAAAUGGACAAAACAACAGUUUAGAAGCCAAUAAAUCUAGUAAUACUAAAACAUUUUCAAAACAGCUCCACCAUAAAAAAAAACCCUGUGGCAUGUGGUGAUGUGAGGGCAGUCCCCCUGGAAACGAUGUUACAUGACCACAUAGUGCCAUUUGCAGAGACAUUUUUGGCCCCAUUUUGGAAGUGCGUGUAAGGGGCUAUGUUCCUGGCCUAUUCAAGAGACCUCUACCUUUAGGUGAAUAUAAGAAAAUAAGGAAUAUAAUAGUUAACAAUCCCACGGGCAACUUUGCAUUACUGCAACUUUAAAUUUGACGAUACUUCAAUUUCUCAUAAUAAUGGAGGCCUUUCAACUUUAUUGAUGCCAUUGGAUUUGUAACUCGGUGAACAAACUGCAAAUGACGAUACUGUUAGAGGACAUUCAGCACAGAAACAUGUGUGUAUACCUUUAAGAAGUUUCUGGGAUUAAUUGGCUGCAGCUGGCCGUUGCUGUAAAAGAAAAAAGUUGAGCUUUGUAGCCUGCCUGCAGGAAUAACACCCACCAGAGUUUGUGUUUAUUGUUUAGUAAUACAGUCUUUGUUUUAGUUUGGGUUUUUACUCCUGGAGUCACUCUGUCCUCUGCCACCAGCUGGAAAUCCCCCUCCAACAGGUUAUGGGCCCAAUCCCCAGUCCUGAGUGGGCAGAGACAGAGCGCGAAAAGAACCCAGAGACUGGAAGCAACUCAGCGUUUCUCAAGCAGCUGGCUGUGUGAAGGCAUCGGCAGGGAGUGUCUGUUUGAGACCAGGAGCCGAACAUUUCUUCAAGCCACGUGUGAGUAAGGACUGAGUGGAAAGCUGAAAGCUGGGUGGAGCCAUGGCUGGACUUGGAGCUGGAGCUCAAGGGGGAGCUUCCUAUUUUCCAGUAGAGAAACUGGGAGAGUCCAAUUAUAUGUCAUGGAGUUUACAGAUGCAGGCGUUUUUAAAGAAAGAACAAUGUUGGACUGUUAUUGUUAACCCUCCUGUAAAAGAGGAGGAUGAAGAAGUAGAUAAAGCAGACCAAAGGCUGGAGGACAAAGCCUAUGCCAAUUUAAUUUUGAGUUUAGAGAAGUCUCAGUUAUCUCACGUGCGAGACCUUGAAACAGCAAGUGAAAUUUGGCAAGCACUGAGAGCAAUACAUAUUAGAGACACUGCUGGCAGCAAAAUUACUCUAAUGAGAGCUCUGUACCGAGCCAGACUAAGUGAGGGUGAAUGUGUUUCAACACACCUUCAAAGAAUGCGUGAUUUAUUUUCACAGUUAAAUGAAUUUGGGGAACAUUUUUCUGAACAGAGAAAGGUUUAUAUUGUGCUGUCUUCACUUCCUGAGUCAUGGGACAAUUUAGUGAUGACUCUGGAGGCAAUUCCAGAAAGCCAAUUAACAAUUCAUUUCUUAACUGGGCGUUUGCUUGAUGAGGAGGAAAGACGCCAUGAGAGGAAGGCCACAACCCCUCACCGUAACUCCAGAAAUGGGAGGCAGUCCAGUAAAAGAUAUGCAACUGAUGAGGAGCGGCAACCUAAAGAGGUUGUAGACCACAGAGAGGAAGCAGCUUUCACAGUCAGAAGAUGCUAUCGUUGUGGGUCAACCAAGAAUUUAGUACGUCAGUGCACUGUGUCUGUGGGAGAAAACACAAGAAAAGGGCGGCCUGCGUUUGCUGGGAAGCGAGGAGACAGGAAGAGUCGAGUCCAGUAUGUUUCUGCAGCAGUUCGAGGCACCAGUCACGACGUUGGACAAGACUGGAUUUUAGACUCAGCAGCGACAAACAUUUUUGUUAAGUCUGCACAAACCCUUGUAGAAAAGCAGCCUUGUAAAUCUGUAAAUGUAGUACUAGCUGAUGGAACAGUGCAUGAGUCAGCUGGAAAGGGUAGUCUGAAUAUCAACUGUUUAAGUACCAAGUUUACCAAUGUUUUAUGUGUACCAAGUUUAGAAAAUAAUUUGCUUUCAGUUACAAGUCUUGUUAAGCAGGGAUUUAAAGUAACCUUCUCUGGUUCAGGCUGUAAAAUAGAGAAAGCUGGAAAAGUGGUUACAGCGUCACUAAAAAAUGGUUUGUUUGUUUUGAAAGACCAGCUAAUAAGUGAGUCUGGGGCAUGUGUUAAAGCCUGUAAUAGAGCCUUGCAUGAUGAGUGCCAGCAUCUUUGGCAUCGUCAUUUGGGGCAUGCCAAUUUCCGCAGUGUUGCAAAAAUGCCAGAAUUAAGUAAGGGAAUUAAAAUGAAAAAAUGCAGUUUUUCUGGACUGCAAUACCUGCAAGGAGUCUAAAAGUAAGCAAGGGUCCUAUUCUGAAAGUACUAGAAUUAGCAAGAGGCCAUUUGCUUUAGUACACUCAGACCUUUGUGGGCCAUUUGCAGAGUCUGAAGGAGGAGCAAAGUUUUUUUUGGUUCUUGUGGAUGAUUAUAGCCGGUAUACUUGGGUAUACUUGUUAAAACACAAAAGUGAAACUGGUCAACUGAUUAAGAAUUGGGUCAACUAUAUAGAAAGGCAGUUUCCCUACAAAGUUACCCAGUUGCAGAGUGAUCGUGGAGGCGAGUUCAUGUCAGAAGCUCUCCAGGUCUGGUUGAAAAAGCGUGUUAUUAGUCACCGUAAAUCGUGUCCUUUUUCGCCUGAAGAAAAUUCAGUUGCAGAACGCAAGAUAAGGUCUUUGCAAACAAUGCUAGAUUCUAUGCUAUGUGAUUCUGGCUUAUCCAGGAAGUUUUGGGGGGAAGGAAUUCUGUGUGCUAACUACGUACAGAACAGAUCGUUUCAUUCUACCAUAAAUAAUACCCCUCAUUUUUUGCUUUAUGGAAAAAAAAACCCUUUUUGGACCAUGUUAAAACUUUUGGUUGUUGGGCUUGGGUUCACAUCCCAAAAGGACAGAGAAGGAAAGGAGAACCCAAGGCAAAGAGACUUAGGUUUGUUGGCUAUCAAAGUUGGUCAAAGGGGUAUCGUUUUGCACUAGGGCGUGGCAGAGUUGUGAUAUCAAGACAUGCAGAGUAUUGUGAGCAAGAUGGUUGGGCUCGUUUACAUGGGAAUUCAGAAGUUGUGUUAUCUUCUGAUGAUACAGAUAAAUUUGUGAAAUCUGAGUAAGAAAAGCCACAAAUUAAAGAAAGUUCUAAAAGAGACAGUGAUGAGGACUCAGGGGAUGAGGGUCCCAGUACACAAUCUCCUAAAGCUGAACCAAUUUCUCCUGAGCAAGAUGAAUCAGAAGGGGAAGAUAGUUCAGAGGGGGAGAGUGUUCAAGUUAGAAGAUCACAAAGAAGCAAUAAGGGGGUACCUCCAGAAAGGUUUACUUUACAAGAAGUUAAAACUGUUGCUGUGAAGAAAGAACCUUGUGAUUAUGAGGAAGUUUUAAAGUUACCACACCAUGAAAUAGUAAUGUGGAAAAAUGCAAUGAAAGCAGAAAUGAAAUCUUUAGCAGAACAUAAUGUGUUUACCAUUGAGCCAUUGCCAGAAGGAAAAAAGGCAGUGGGCUGUAGAUGGGUGUAUAAAAUAAAACACUUGGCAGAUGGUGGUGUUAAGUACAAAGCUAGGCUGGUAGCAUGAGGCUUUACUCAAAGAAAAGGUGAAAGCUUUGAUGAAACCUUUUCUCCUACUGUAAGGUGUACGCUUAUUGCUAGCUCUUGCAGCACAACGUGGGUUUAAGGUAAAUCAUUUUGAUAUUGAAACAGCUUAUCUUAACGCAAAUCUGCAAGAAGAAAUUUUUAUGAAUCAAGCGCCAGGUUUUGAGGCAGGCGAACAGAAUACUGUAUAUAGGCUGAACAAAGCAAUUUAUGGGCUCAAACAGUCAGCUAGAAAUUGGAACGAGUGUCUUGAUAAUGCUUUAAAAAAUAUUGGCUUUAAAAGAAGCUUAGCUGAUAACUGCUUGUACACUAAAGGAAAGGGUGAUAAACAAGAAUUAUGUCUGUCUUAUGUUGAUGAUUUGCUUUACUCUACAAAAAGUGACAAGCAAGUGGAAAAGUUUGCAGAACAAUUAAGAAAGGAAUUUAAAGUAAGAGAUUUGGGUCCAGUAAAAAAUUAUCUCAGUCUAGAAAUUCAAAGAACAAAUGAUGGAAGUUUUUUGUUGAGUCAAAAAGACAAAAUAAUGGAGUUACUUGAAAGAAACAAUAUGCAAAACUGCAAGGAAGUAAAAACCCCAAUGGAAAUAGGUUUUUUCAAGGAUGAAGGAGAUUUACAGAACCUGUAAAUCCUGAAAUGUACCAUUCAAUAGUUGGAAGUUUACUAUACAUUUCAUUGUGGAGCAGACCAGAUUUGUGUUAUGCAGUUGGAAUACUGAGCAGACGAGUAAGCUGUCCCACAGAAAAUGCCUGGAAAGGUCUAAAACGUAUUUUCCGGUAUUUAAAGCAAACACUUGAUUAUUGUUUGAGAUUACCACCUUCAGGGUCUACAAAAUUGCAGUGUUACAUUGACAGCGAUUGGGCCAACCUUCCUGAUAAAAAAUCAAUUUCUGGAAUGGUAUUUCAAUUUGGGAAUUCCUUGAUAGAUUGGAAGUCCAAAAAGCAAGGUAUCGUGGCCACAUCUUCAACAGAGGCUGAAUACUGUGCUUUAUCAGAGUUGUGUAAUGAAAUAAAAUUUUAUGUUCAGAUCCUCAAGGAUUUAGAUAUACAAUGUGAUUAUCCCGUUCAAAUAUGGGAAGACAAUCAAGCUGUAAUAACUUUGGCUGGGUCUGAGCAGUUUAGAAACAAAUCCAAACAUUUAGAAAUUAAAUUUCAAAAUGUGGCUGAAAAUGUGAAGCAAAACCUGAUAAUGCUGAAGUAUUGUGAGAGUAUGCAAAAUGUGGCUGACAUAUUUACAAAAGCACUAACUUUUGAGAAACAUGCACAACUAGUGGCAAAAUUAGGAAUUGUUGUGCGUGAUGUGUAAAUAUGUUCUGUAUAUGUUUAAAGUACUGUUGUUUCUGUUUGAAUGAGAGGGGGUGUUAGAGGACAUUCGGCACAGAAACAUGUGUGUAUACCUUUAAGAAGUCUCUGGGAUUAAUUGGCUACAGCUGGCCAUUGCUAUAAAAGAAAAAAGCUGAGUUUUGUAGCCUGCCUGCAGGAAUAACACCCACCAGAGUUUGUGUUUAUUGUUUAGUAAUAGUCUUUGUUUUAGUUUGGGUUUUUACACCUAUGUCUCCUGGAGUCACUCUGUCCUCUGCCACUGGCUGGAAAUCCCCCUCCAACAGAUACAGUCACUUUGCCUCUCCCUCUUAUAUUUGGUUCGCUGUGAUAGUUUAUCUGUUUAGUAUAGAUUCACCUGAUAAAAUAUGCUUGUGCCUUGAAACGUAUUAGGUGCUGUUUAUAUAAGAAAAAAUCAGCAUCUACAUUCUUCUGUGCGUUUUCUUUGCAUUGCACUUGUCCUUUGCCUUUGUUAUCUUUGGGGGCUAGAACCUGGUCAGGCAACCUUUUUCUAUUGAGGUCACAUUUAGCAGUACUCUGUCAAGGCCACAUACCAGCUGCAUGUUGCAUACCCUCCAGCGUGAUGUGUGUGUGGGGGAGAGACCAGGACACCAUCCUCUGGACUGUGCCAAGCCCCGAAAAAGCACCUUUUCAGGCACAGUGCCCCCCAAAGUGAGUAUGGGGUGCUGUGUCAGAUUGCAGCCCCUAAAAUCACACCACCUUCUUAUCUCUCUCUCUCUCUCUCUCUCCCCCUUUCUUUCUGUUGCCUACUUUCCCUGGAAUUUUACUUCCACUGCCACUCACAGCCAAGGUCUGAAUGAGAUUGGGCUAGAGAAUAUAGACUUGGCCUCCACAGUCACUUAUGGACUCAUUGUUAAAACUGUGUUUAUGGAAGACAAUCUUACUUGGCUACGAUCGCCAAAGAAGUAGAAGAAGAAAGAAGAAAGAAGAAAGAAGAAAGAAGAAAGAAGAAGAAGAAGAAGAAGAAGAAGAAGAAGAAGAAGAAGAAGAAAUAAUGCUGGAAUCUGAGCCUUGGUCUGUAUGGCAGCCAUGUGGAUCAUUAGGAUCACAGUUUGCUUCAAAGCCAGAAUCAGUACCCUCAUAUAGAACAGGGAUGAGGAAGCUUUGGCUUUCCAGGUGUUGUUGAACUACAACUUCCAUCAUCUCUUACCAUUGGCCACAUUGGCUGGGGCUGAUGGGAGUUGGAGUCCUGCAGCAUCCCCCACCCCAGAUACAGGUCAUGUCCAUGCCACGCGUUCAAAAUAUGCAUGCCACUUUAACAACCAUGGCUUCCUCCCAAAGAAUCCUGGGAACCGUAGUUUAUUAAGAGUGUUGGGAUCUGUAGCUCUGCAAGGGACCUCCCAACAAUUGUGUCCCAGCAGUGCUUUUCCUACAUUCCUAUGGAAGAAAGGGGGGAUAUUCUUAAUAAAUACAUCACUUUGCAGAGACAAGACUGACUACGCUCAUCGCUUUCAACAUCUCAUCAGAAGUCCUAUGUCCCAGGUCCCGAUGUAGAAGUGAAAGGUGGAAUGAAAGGUCAGCACAAUCUGGAGCGCUGGCAUUGAUCUCAAAAGAGUGGAUUAGCUCAUGUUCAUUUCCUUGAGGACAUUGAUAUCAUCAGAGAACCCCACCCUUCUCCAUACAUCAUACUUGCUUUGUAUUGGCAGACAAAAGCUAAUUGAACAUGCCUUAGAGCUGUUGUGGAAGAAGGCAGAUCUCCUUCUCUGUGUGCAUGCAAGCUUCACUAUAUAAUACACAAGGGCUCCUUGGCAGUCAUUAAUCUGUGUCUCUGUGCUGUCACGGUCCCGUGAUAUAUCACAGCACAUACAUAAUUAAAUAUGGAAAGGAGCUGUUGCUGGAAGAACAUCCCUCCUACCUCCGAGUGACCAAAAAUUCUUAACAUUUCCCUCCCUGCUUAAUCUAUUUUAUAUCUCCAGGCAGAUAGCUAGCGUAGGAGCAAGAGGUAAAUUAUUAUGUGUCCAGUUUGUCGAGCAACCUCUAACUGAAUCUAGGAGCCAGGAGCUACAUAAAGCACUUAAGUAGUUCUUCUCUCUGAGAAUGUGAAUACCGUUCAUCACUAUUUGUGGUCCAGGGGGCUGCAAAUGCUGAUAAACCAGUGUCUUAUGUGCUUAUCCAAGACUCCAGAAAGCUGUGGUUCACUGUGUGGCUAGUCGCCGGUCACGAAUAAAAUGAGUUUCAAUGGUAUGAAUUACAGAGGAAGAUGUGGAAGAAUGUGAGGAAGCGACUGGGACAGGUGGAAGUUCUUCCCUCCUCUCAAUCCUGUCUGGCUCUAGUGUAGAGAGAGGACUUCUAGCUCCCUUCUCUCCUGACAGAGAUAGAGCAUUGUUGGAAUCUUGGGAAGGCUCGGCGCCAUGUCCUGAGGUGGCUGAGCAGGAUUUGUAGAGGUGGGGAGGCAGGUCCAGUGCUCUCUCCCAGGGCCACACAUCACCUGAAGGCAAGGUAUGAGAAAGGCCCACUUGCUGUUCAGCUGCUCAUGCAGGAACAGAUGCUCUCACAAGUAAGGACUGCACCACCUUGGUUCUAAAGCUGGGUGGGUGGGUGUGAGAAACUUCUCAGCUCUGGUGAAGUCUUGAACUUCUUGUUACUGUCCAUGAACUCAUCACCUUGGCCACUGUUCCUAUACCUGGACCGUCCCAGCCAGCUGAUCAUCUUGUGUGCAAGGACUGGAACAGCUCAUUUCCUGUACAGUGGUACCUCGGGUUAAGAACUUUUUUAAAAAAAUAAUUUUUAUUAAAUUUUCCUUUAUACAAAUUUGCCAUAUCAAACAAUUUUCACAAAUUUCAACUUUUUGGACUUCCCUCAGCUUCUCUGCCAAUCAUCCAUAUUUUCCCAUUUUUACACAUUUUCUAAACUUAAUAUUGCAUUUUUAGAUUACCCUUACUGUCCUGUUUCUGUUUAACAAUACUCCUCUCACCUUCACAAAGCCUCUUUAAAUCCCACUAGCGUUAUUUGUUCAUCACAUAUACUUUUCAGAUAUUCUGCAAAUUUUCCCCAGUCCUCGAUGAACUUGUGGUCCCGUUGAUAUCUUAUCUUCCCAGUUAGUUUAUCCAGUUCUGCAUAGUCUAUGAGUUUCGUCCUCCAUUCUUCAAGAGUCGGUAGUUCCUCCUGUUUCCACCUCGGGUUAAGAACUUAAUUCAUUCUGGAGGUCUCUUCUUAACCUGAAAGUGUUCUUAACCUGAGAUACCACUUUAGCUAAUGGGGCCUCCUGCUGCCGCCGUGCGAUUUCUGUUCUCAUCCUGCGCCUAAACCCUUACUGUUGGAGGCAAUAACCAAAGAGGACUUAAAAUCUGCUAAACCCGAUCCACCAGUGGCCACCGGAGUGGGUGUUCUCCUCCAGGAGAUGAGUCAAGUGGCCUCCACUCCCUUAGCAAAGAACAACGACCACCCGGAAAGUGGCCUGACACCACCAGAAGAGAUCGAACUCAUUGCCUCCUUUGCAGAUUUACCAGCGGUGGAACAAAAAGAAAUUAUUAAUAGACUCGAAUCGCUUAAAACCCAACUUAUCAGGAAGCUCAGCACCAGAAUACCUAUGUACAGCGAGUAUGACAUCCUAGAAGAACCAGUUCAUAUGGAUAUCGCAAUAUCUAAUGCUAAAUGUAUGUCGGUAAUGGAGGAUAAGAUACAACCCCAAGAAGCAACUACCAGUCCCUCCCUCCAACCAGAACAACCCUCUGUGCUCUUAAUAGAUUUAUAUGACCGUCCCUUGACAAACAUACCUGAAGAAAGCAGCACACAACAGGAAAAAUCCCCUUCUACACAUUCAUCGAUGCCUGACCUGGAACCUUCUUAUAGCACUGACCAAUCAAGAGAUGAGGUGCCUUUGCCAACCUUCCCAAAUAGCCCACUCACCCAGCCUUAUUCUUCUUUGCGGAGUAUUAUGGAUUUAACAGCAAGACCUGUGACGGAACUGACUGAAGAUCCAACAGGCCACAUAAAUCAAGUAGCCCAAAAGACCAGUAGCAGACUACAGGGAGACCAAACUUCUGACGAGAUAGAUGGACCACACCGGGUGGCCCACCAAACUCUUUUGGAAAAGGGGCCGCCCCUGCUCAAGGUCCUACUCUUAGUAGAUCGAGUGGCCAAGUUCAACAGUCAGACAACCUUGUUAAUCCUCCCACUCAGCUUUCACGAGAGGUCUCUCAUCAGAGGAAGAUAACUGAUUUUUUAUUGGCUCCCUCUUCCCGUAUUAAAGUUGAGCCAACCUUCCGAAUGACAGUCAAUUGGAGGAACGAGGAAUCCGCAGCCUUCAAUAUUAAGUUGGAACAUUGCUGGAUGGAAAAGUAAAAAAUCAGAUCCAGAAUUCCAAAAAUAUAUUAAUUCCUUUUUUAUCAUACUAUUACAAGAAACUUGGGUGGAGGAGGAAAUUGAGUUAAAUGGCUUUGAGUUUAUAUGUCUGCCUGCUAGCCCGUCAAUGAAUGGUGGCCGCCCUAAAGGUGGCCUUACAAUUGGUAUCUCUCUUAAACUUCGGGCUAAACUUUCACUAGUGCAUGCAUUGCCGCCUUAUGCUAUUACUGGACUGAUCUCUGGUGGAAACUUCUCUUUAUUGGUUACAAAUGUCUAUUUCCCCCCGGGAGGGUUAGCAGCUGAUCUUAUUUCUAGAUGGGAAUCCCUAGAGGAUUUUUACUUUCUUGUUAUCUUAAAUAUCCUAAUGUCCCCUCCAUUACCGGAGGCGAUUUUAACGCUCGGAUAGCCUCAAAUCGGGAAGCUCUUAUAAAGUCUAAAUGGUGGGUCGACCCCGGCGCUCAAACCUACGAUCUAGUAUAUAUCCCCACUAGAAUAUCAAAGGAUGUAAAAGUCAAUAAGGCGGGAGUGAUGCUUUACCAGAUGGCUUUACGCCUUAAUUUAAUUAUAUUAAAUGGCAGGUGUCCUCCAGAUAUACCAGGAGAGUUCACCCAUCUGGGGUUAAAAUCAAACAGUGUUCUUGACUAUGUAUUGGUUUCUCGGGAUCUAUUUUUGAAUGUCACCUCUUUUAAAAUUGAUAAUGCCCAAUUUAGUGACCAUCUUCCCCUGACAACCAAGUUAUGUGUUGACUGGCACCUGCUCGUGCGCUCCCACCCAAUCCCGGUGAUUGUGGAGCCGUCCACUAAAAUAAAGGGGAUUAGAUGGUCCCCUGCCCUCGCCCAUAGAUAUAUGGAUUUUAUCCGAGAAAAGUUUCUUGGUGAUCAGCCGGACGUAGGAAUAGUCCCGCGUGAUCCUAUUACCUGUUUGAAUUUUUCUCUUGCCUGAUAGAAGUUUUAACUCGCUUUUUACUUCUCCAAGCUAUGGAGUUAAAAACGAUUAUUUUAAAUUUGGCGCCCCUUGGUUCAACUCUGCUUGUAAACUAGCCAGACUCCAUCUACAUACAAUAUAUAAUGACUAUAAACUUUCCGGCGCUCUGGCCUUACCUCCAUCUUAUUCCCUGGCUAAAAAGCAUACAAACAGGCCCAGAAAUCGGCCAAACGGGAAUGGCAUUUAAAUCGCUGGCAGACUAUAAUUUCUACCGCAAAAUCUCAUAACUCCCGGAAAUUUUGGUCCUUAAUAAAGGGAAGAAACACGAAAUACCCCUUAACGGUGAUCCCGGCCCCUACAUGGGAGCAGUUCCUGAGAAAAUAUUUCUCAGUGGCAGAAGCUCCGGCCACUCGCUGGAGACCUUCUAAUCCCCUUCCCGUCUGGCACAAUACCGACCCUGCUGAAAUCCUAGAAUUGAUAGCUGAGCUGAAAACUGGUAAGGCCCCUGGGCCAGAUUUGGUCCCUGUUGAGGCUAUAAAGCUACAUUCUGCAUGGUGGGCAGGGAUUUUAGCUAAAACGUUUGACGCAAUAAAUGCCACGGGCUUAAUACCAGGUACGUGGAAGGAGGCCAUUAUAAUUCCUAUCUACAAAAAAGGUUCUCCCGGUGACCCAGGGAAUUACCGGAAUAUCAGUCUGCUAUCGUCCAUUGGGAAAAUAUAUGCCCGUUUUUUGCUGGCAAGGCUGAUGAAGUGGUCAGCUGAGGCUGACCUGAUUGGGCAUGAGCAAGCUGGAUUUAGAUUAAACCGAUCCACAACAGAUCAGGCAAUUAUUCUUUAUCACUUAGCCCGGAAAUACUCGACACCUCGACGGGGCCAACUUUGCGCAGCCUUCAUAGAUUUGAAAGCUGCGUUUGAUAGUAUUCCGAGGCAAUUACUAUGGGAUAAACUUGCCUGCUGGGGAAUAGAUAGAAGGCUCCUGUGGCUUAUCUCCCAACUUCAUGCCGGGUCCGUGGCCAGGGUAAGAAUAUCCCCUGCUGGAGACCUAACUAACCCAGUGCCAGUAAAUAAGGGUGUACGCCAGGGUUGUAUUUUAGCGCCUCUUCUUUUUAACUUAUUUAUCAGUGAUAUGAGGAACCCAUUAAUCGACUCACAAAAAUUUAUCCACACCCCCCGUAUAGCAGAUUAUCGUUGUCCUUUACUUCUCUACGCAGAUGAUGCGGUACUACUCUCUUACUCCAGAGUGGGUUUAAGGAGGGCACUAAAGAUUUUUGCAUCAUAUUGCCAUUCUAAUCAUCUGUCUAUCAACCACACCAAGUCCAAAGUACUGAUAUUUUCAAGGAGUCGAAAAUUAUAUUCAUGGAAAUUGGAGGGCACGAAAAUUGAACAAGUACAUAAAUUUAAAUAUUUAGGAAUUUAUUUUCAAUAUAAUCUAGGGUGGAAAGAGCACGUUGAAUAUCUUCAAAACAAGACAAAAGCCCUAUCACACUCCCUCCUCCGUUUUUUCUACUCUGAGGGGGCCUUAUUCAUUCCUGCGGCCUUGAAAGUGUAUAGCAUCAAAGUGAUGGCCACAAUGGCCUAUGCUGCACCUUUAUGGGCUGCCUUUGCAAACCUUUCACCUUUAGAGUCGCUUCAAAGCCAAUUCUUACGCCGACUUUUAAAACUACCAACAUGCGUAAGUAAUGCGGCUAUUCGCUUAGAAAUGAAGAUCCCCUCAGUGGAGUUAGUUUUAUGGAGGAGAGUUUUGAUUUAUUGGAUAUCCCUAUGGCAUAAACUACCGAACCACUAUCUCAUUCAAUGCAUGUGGCGGGAUGACUUUACAAAUUUGUGGUCAGGAAAAAUCCAUGCCAAAUUGCUGUCCUAUGAGAUCUCGCCCACGGAAUUGCUCAAACUGGAUCUAAACGCGGCAAAAAGGUGUAUAAAUCAAAGGCUGGAUGAUGUGGAGCUAUACCAAAAUUUCUUAGCUGGUGGUGGAGCCUGCUCCCCGUUAAAUCUCGGCAUAACCCCUAUCUAUCGUGCUCCGUCCUACUUAACAUCGCUUAUAGCCGCAUCUCACCGAUAUGCCUUCAUUAGAGCCAGGUUCAAUGUUUUCCCAACAAACGUGCUGAGACAUAGAUUCACUAAGGGCCAAGUCCCUUCAAUGUGUGCUUGUGAAAUGAAAACAUCUGAAUCUUUACAUCAUGUUAUGUUUAUCUGCCCUAUGUACAGUUUAGCUCGCGCUAGUAUACUAAACUCCAUAAUCCAGCCUAUGGCUGACAAACCAGUAGACCUACAGCUUGCCUGGGUUCUUCAAGAUGUAGAUCCUUAUAUUACUCUACAGGUUGCUAAAUUCCUAACAGCCGUUCUCUCGUACAAGAGACGGAAUGGAAUGUUAACUGAUUAUUGAUACUUAUAAGAAUUUUUGAUAUUGACAUCAGAAAUUGAUUUAGCGUAGUGCCCAAAUUUUUAACUUUAAUCUUAAAUUUCUGUUUUGAUUUGCCAAUAUUUGUCCUUGUGAGCUGUGAAUUGUGUUAUAUUACUUGUGGCUUGUUCGAGACCGCUGUUUUAUUUGAUUUGUUUUGUGUGUUGUGCUUUAUGAUGGGCGUAAAGCCGAAUAAACAUUUUGGUUUGUUCUCAUCCUGAAGCAAAGUUCUUAACCCAAGGUACUAUUUCUGGGUUAGCAGAGUCUGUAAGCUUAAGUGUCUGUAACCCGAGGUACCACUGUAUGCUUCUUCAACAAAGUUCCACCCUUACCUGUAGUCCUGUUUUGGGAAGGAAAGCAGUCCAUGCAGUCAAAUGACAGAACUUGAAGUGGCACAAUGGAGUUACGAUCCUAUGCAAUCAUAGCAGCAGAGUCAACAACCACUGAGUCAAGAGCUGUAGAGACAAAGGCUAAUGUACUGUAGUAAUGCUACACACAUUCCUACAGUGUUCCUGGAACCCUGACUUUGCAACAUCAUUUGCUGAUGUUGCCUCUAAAUUGAUCAUGUGCAGAAGGCAUUGAUCAAUGAAGGAAUGAGCAGAAUGACACUUUGAUGUCACCAUCGUACAUACUCACCCUUCUGCACAAUAUGUGCAGAUAGUCAGCUUGAAAGGGACUAUGAUACUUCUCUCUCAACAAACUAUGAUGAUGUUAGAGACAGGAGGUCUUUAUGCAGAACCCAGAAGCCUCUCAGGAGCAAAAAUACCCCCAUGCAUAUAAUUUUAACAGAACUGUGAAUGGCAUUAUAUUGACAGAGGGGUAAGGAGAACAUUUUGUUUUCUUUUUUGUAGGGAUAGGGUGGAUAAGAGGCAGUGGAAGCUACACAAGGUAGAACAAUGAACUGCCCAAAAGCCUACUAGCAAAUGGCAAAGCAGUGAAACCAUUGGAUUUGAGUCGGACAGGCUGCUAUUCUGUGCUUUCGGAAAACUUUGUUUUGUUCUUCCUGCAACUCCUUUUCCAUUUUGCUGUUGCUGUUGAUGUCAGGACCUGCAAAAGGCAGAAGAAACUUGUGGAAAGUGGUGCUGUGAUAGCAACAGAAACUUUAAAUGGGCCUGGAAUGGGCUGUGGGGGUGGAGGAAAUCAGGCAACCAAUUCCCCAUGCUGCUGCAAAGAAGACCGGUUAUGGGGCCUUGGUCAUCAUCUCUCAGACACCAAGACCAUCAUAGCCCUUUUAAUCUUUGCAUCAUCCUUGCUUGGUCCUGACUCCAAAGCUCUUCCAUUUGCAGAAUGGAGCAUUUGGAUUCCUCCCAAGUUGUUUAUAAAAAUUAAAGCAACUAUUCACACCAUCUAUUUGAUUUGCAUUCUCCCCACUUUCCCAAACCCACAGACUAGUAUGUAACUUCCUGGAAACUAUGGGGGAACUUACUGGAAAGUUACACAACUGUGGGAGAGAGUCAUGUUUUGAAUAUUUAUGAAGAAAGACAAGAAUGGAGGAUAUUUCCUUGAAACUCAGUCCAGACAUGUAAUGAGGCUGAUCUGAAUCUUAAAUGUGUAUCACAGCACCAAGCCAGCUGGAUUCUCCUGCUUCUGGUUUUGUCUUUGCUGUGGGAAGUGUCUUG